GGGGGAGGUGCCGCCGCCGCCCUCCUCCUCCUCCUCCUCCUCUUCGUCGUCCUCCCCCCUCCCUCCCCUGUUCCCAUCACGUGUGCUCGGCGGUGGGAAGGAACUUGCUGAGUAGCGGCGGCAGCAGCAGCGUAGCUUUAGCAGCCGGGCAAAGCAGCCGUUCAAGAGUCUGGCUGGUAACAUGGAGGAGGACGAGGAGAGCGGAUACGGUGAGCUGGCGAAUGAAUUAGAUGCAUCCAAGGAGACGGGAAGGAACAUCUUUGGCUGGGCCAAGGUGGGGGGGCGGGUCUUAAUGGUGGGGGGCGCUCAGGGAAGGAGCCUUAAUCUUGCGACUAGUUAGCAGGGGGGAGUGGCCCUUGCAUGUUCAGCGAACUGUCCUUGGCUUAAAGCGGGGAGUGUGCAAUUGCUGCCCCCCCACCACCAUCCCGACACAAACACAUUCGGAUUUGGGAAGGAGUCUCUCUUUGCAUCCUUCCUCGUCUUAGCAAGAGAGGAUGAACGGGAUUUGGGAGCUGUGUGGCCGGUUGUCCUGAGGGGGGUCCUGCCUGAGUGGAUUCUGAGGGUCCGCUAGUAAAUCCCGAGGAGAGAUCGGCUCCUGAGCAUAGGAAGUAGAGAUUGUGCAGUGCCGUGGUGCGGUGCGGGGUGAGGUGCCAUUGGUUCAGGGUGGGGUCACACAGGGUGCUCUCUUGGGUAUCUCGGUGGGUGGGUAGGGCUACCUUUUUCCUUAAUCACCCCCCAUGGAGGACGGCAGCUGCCCUUCCCGUGGGGGAGAAGAAGAGAAGGUUCUGGGCAGCUGUUCCAGCCCGUGGUCGCAGGGCGAGGACAGCUGUUCAUUACAAUGGGGUGCGCGGAGAAAUGAGCUUGGAGUCGGUGGCGGGGGGUUUGGGGGGAACAGGCGUGCGGCCGCCUUUUGGGGGGGGGGAGUGAGGUAAAUGUGGCCGGACUCCAAAAAGAAGUAUUUACAGGGAAGGGUCAGCGGUGGCUCCCCUUGCGCUGAGCACUGCGGUGAGGGUUAACGAGAGACAGCUGGGCCGUGUGUGUUGGUCGGCUUGCGCGCCUUUGGUGGGGGGAACUUCGUGCCGGCAUUUAUCCUCUAGGCUGGGCAGGGAAGCGUAAACUGCCUCUCGGAGAAGGGAAGGAGGGUUGUGGGGGUGACUUCAGGGUAGCAACAGCUGCAUGAGCAGCAGAUGCUUUCCCUUUCUGCCUGGCUCCUUCACUCUCCUUCUCAGGGAAGGAGAACGUGGCUCUUUCUGAGGCAGAGUUCAGCUGUCACAUUUGUGCCUCUUCUCUCAGUUGCACACACACACACACACACACACACGGGGUGGGGUUGCUUUUUUGGGCCUGGACUGAUGUCUCUGAUCUGUGUGUCCAACUGUCAUUUCCAAGUGUCAUUUCCUGCCAGUGCAGAUCACCUUCUAAAAAGGUGGCAGGAGCCCUGGAGAUGGCCUAGUGGCGAAGGACUGGAUGACUGGCCCUGCCAGGCAUGUCGCCUCAUGUGACUUGUGGGAGGCCCUCGGACAGGCCCUGAUCUUACCCAAACCUUAAAUUACAGUGCUAGGUAUAAGUAUUCUGCAGAAGUGGUGGGAGUGAGUGCACUGCUCGCAAAAUGUCAUUGUUCCGGGGGGGGGGGGGGGUGAGCGAUGGUGGUGCCCUUCAUAACCCCAGUGGCCACUGACUAGAAUUGAUAUAUCCCGAACUGGGGACAGCAGACUUGGGCUUGGAGGAUUUGAGGUUCACACACAGGCCUGUCUUGCGUAAGAGGUGGGGCAGGCCGGUUUCCUGAAAGAACCCACAUUUAGAAGGAACUGGAACAAAUUUAGAAAUGUUGCAACAAGCCAGGCAAUAACACAGCUAAAACUUCCUAAGCACCUGUCUUCAGAGAAGCUGCCCUCAAAAUAAGCAGACAAGAUUUGCUGUCAUUUGUAGCCCAAAUCACUUCGUCUGGUGCGCAGGCUGCCAAGGUGCUAGCCUUUCUUGUUCCAAAUUGAGGUGAUGUUUCUGCCCUUGGAAAAAGGAAAGAAAUGUACAUUCAAUAUACUGAUGUAGGAUAUGUGUUGUCAAAAUUGUUUGACUGAUUGAGCAGGGUUGUCCCAUGUCGUUAUGCUUCAUGAGGUAAGAACGACAAAGUUGUGGCUCCCUCAUUCCACACAGAAGGGCCAACAGGAUCGGAAGCUGAAUAUUACUUCAACAGUGACAAUGGGGCAGUGUCCUCCACCUCACCUGAAGGUGGCAGGGUCACUUAGGCGGCACGAGGUCCUUUUUGCUGCUUUCUGCCCCUAGCAUUUGCCACUUAAGGCAGCCACCUCACUCUGCCUAAUGGUAGGGCCGGUCCUGUGUUUACAUGUAAAACUGAACUUUGGAGGUCACUCCUUGUGCUGGAAAUGCCACUUUGGCUCACAAGUAAGCUAUGAGACACUCCACUUCAAAGAGUCUUUGGUCCUUUGCUUAUUCAGCUUUCUGUGUAUGACACUGCAAUGGAGGGAGUCUCCCAGUGCGAUCUCCCCCGAAUCCACUCCAAUUCCUUUAACACUGGGAACUUCUCUGCAGUGUCGUUGCACCAGGAGAACAAAUUAAUAUGUAUGACCCAGUUAUGGGUGACUGGCUGACUUAGAGGCUUCCCCAGCAGAGCUGUGAGCUCAAAUCUGUGUCUUAGCAGCUGUGGCACGCUGGGGCAGUAGAGGCUUGCUUGAUUUAUUCCUCCUUUUGCGUGGCAUACCCUGUCAUGCAAAUGGCACCCUAGGCUUCCUUUAUCCAGUGUGCUGACGCUGGGACCUCUGGGGCCAGAUGCCCUUUGAUGUGCCUGUGCUGCUGAGUCCUGUAUGUGGAUUUGGCAAACAAAUUAGCUUUGAACCUCGGGUGGCUUUUGAGCAGGGCGGCAUGGAUGCAGCAUCUCCAUUAAUCACAGAGACCCAGGCUGAAGCUGUAGGUGAUGCCCGGGAGGCAGGCGGUUCUCUCAAGCAGCAGGCACACAUGUCCCUGCCACCAGCGGGCUUGUCCCUGAUUUGCCUAGUACAUGAAUAUUCCAGCUGUGUUGCUCACUUCUUGCUAUGAUCCCAAAGACGGUGUCUGGGGAAAGUGGAGCGGUGCUUAAACGAUGUAUGCAUGCAGCUGCUUUCUCAUCUAGCCUGUACUGUGAGCGAUGGAUUAGAUUUACAGGGGUAAUCUCCCUUUCAGGCAAGUGGCAGCCUGCCCAGUUCUGCUCACCAUGGUUCUCAGCCCUGUGCGUCUCCAACCUGGGUAGCACUGCCCAGUCACAUGGAGGGGUCCUGCUGCCUGUUCAUCAGCAGAGGUGACUUAGGGACAGCAGCAGUUCCAGGGGCUGAUGCUUUCUCCUUCCUCCCCUCAACCCCCAGGCUGAGCUGAAGGGUGGAGGCUCUGAGGCUGAGCUCUGCUGUGGUUGCCACUGACAGCUGGGUAUAUUUGAGCUCCUUGUUUUCACAGGUUAUCAUGCGUUUGCUGUAAAAAUGGGAUUAUGGCUCAGGUUGUGAUUAUGGCUUCUCUACAAUAAUGUUAACAAGGGCUGUUGAAUACUUAUUGUAUGCACGCAUCAUUUUUUAAUUUUUUGCUGCCAUGUGCCGGCGAGGGGCUGCUUCUAGCCAGACUGCGAUUUGAUUCAAUCCUAAUGUAUUUUCCUUUACAGUGUGGAGGGAAAUGUGUUCAUGGGCAUGGGGGGCUAGUUUGUAACCUGGUGCAGGUCAGAACAUUCGUUCUCUGAGACCUGAGUAUAUUGCAUCACUCACACCUAGAGGACAGUUGGUGAGCAGUGGAGAGGAGUUGGUCUUGGUACUCUUUCUAGGUUUGUGGAGGAGAAAUGUCUUUCUUCCCUGUUCACUUUGGCGAUUGCUUACAUCUGAGAAAAUGUAGAUUUGUGUGUAGCCCUGGUGGAGAGAAGGGGGUUCCGUGCAGAGCAUGCUGCCGUUUUGGAAACUCAAAACAAGCCUGCUGUGUCUCAUCUUAGUGCACUUGUAGGACAGUCGCUUCUGAAAUCAGCAGCUGGCUCUCCUCUGCUGGCCCGCUUGUUUACAGGGCAGCUAAAUUUAUCCAUAUUUGCAUGGGAGUUGCCAGGUUGCUCCAGCCAAAAAGGAAGCGAGGCUACCCUUGCAAAUGUAUGCAACUCGCGUAAUGACAAGAAUUUCCCCCCAGAAAGCUUUCGUGGGACAUCUCUGAAUCUACAGGGCUCUCACUGAACAUUCUCAUUGAUCCUAUCCAUGAGCUUUCAGGACACGCUGAAUGGAAAAUAGCUUGGCUGUGCUGGGAGCUGGGGCACACGAGGCCACUCUGAUGGGCCCAAUGCAGACAGCAGGCUCUGAAACAGUUAACAAAUUCCUCUGCCCUCUCCUAACUUAUGUCAACUUGACAACACAGAGAAGGAAAGAGGCAGCUGUGUGUGUACUCAUGCAGUGAACACCACAUCCUCUGUCGCACAUCUUUCCUCCUAGUUGGGUGGUUGCUCCACUUCUUUGUUCCUCUUCUUGGGUGUCACGCAAGCUCAACUCAUCCCUCCCUCCCAGUUUGCCCUUCCUUCAGUGUGGCUUGCCCACGACUCACCUUAUUUUGCCCUUGCUGUCCUUCUCUCCCCUGUCCAUGGAGGUUUUUCAUAACCCAGGGAAGGGCUAGGCAGCUGCAGGGUUCAUCCAGCUGUGCACAGCACGCACACACACACACACACACACACACACGAAACCUUUAAAGCUCCACCUCAUUGUCGUCUUUUAUCACCUGGUUUCCUGCGCUUGGCCGUUUUGCUCCAUCGGUGCAGACUUUUGCCCUCUAGGCUUUGCCAGAAUGUAAGCAUGCAAGCCUUUUGCACCCUGCUUUUUGUGGUUUGCAUUCAGUGGGCAUUUCCUUGCCUGCUGGCUUGGUAAUAAAAUCUCCAGGCCUUAGACACACAAACAGGGCAGGAGAUGGUAUCGUGUUUCAUCCAUUUGCUGCAGGACCCUAUAUCCUUUUGGGGCAGCUGUCCCCUGACACAUAGCAGCUGCCCACCAAAAAUGCAGGUUCAGGGAUGCAAGUGUCCCAUUCAGUGUGUGCUAGUAGUUUAAUGUCGAAGUACCUCUGUAGGGCAAUAAGACUGCAAUGGGGGGUGGCUGUGCAGCCUUUACAAAUGGCUCAGGGCUCCAUCAGUAGUUUCUCAAAUUCUCAGACUGUCGCUACGGAUUUCCCUUGGAGCUGCGUAGGAAGACAGGCAGCUUGCAGUUGCCCAGUGCUUAUAACCUUGUUGCCAUAGGUAUGUUGCCCUUGCCAACAAGGAAAUAACAACUGCACACUUCCCUUUGCAUUCUGGAGCCCGGUUUCCUUUGAAAGAGCCUACUUUUUAAAGGCUCAUUAAUAUCGAGGGAGCUUGAAAUGUUGCUUUAGAGCCAGCAGGUGGUGCUCAAGUCUCCCGACUGGACACUGCUAUCCCACUGAAUCCCAACACUGAGCACUUCCAGUAAUCCCCUGUGGUUUUAACCUGUGGGGGGCAGGGGCGGUAUUGUUUUCAUGAUGCCCUAUGAUUAAUCGGAAGCAGCUCUGAAGAUCAGCGUGUUUAUUCUCUGGCUUUUAUUAAGCAAAAUGCUUUGAGAAUGCAUCUGCUCUGAGAACAGAGAGGUGAAUUGGUCCUCUUGUGAGAGAGAUGCCCAGCACACACCGUGGGAUUUUGGGGAGGAGGCGCUCGCUUGUGAUAUGGCAGCUGGCGAUCCUUGAAUUCUGCUUGGCCCAAACAAGGAUGGUAUAAGUAGAACCAGGAGCACCAAACAAGGUGGCAUGGGUACUUGGGCCUCAGGAACCCCACUGCUGUGUGCUGUCUGCGGUGUACAGGUAAAAAGUUAUCACAUGGUUUGACUGCCUCUUGCAUCUAGUUCACUUGCAUUCUUGUAUUCUGAUUGGCUGUGUGAGGGGGACAGGUGGCUGUUGCAGAAUUUAAAUGCUUUUGGCUGGCAGGAGGGGCAUGCAUCCUGUUAACAGGGAAACAGGUUUCUUAGAGUGGAUAGGGAGCUGGGUUAAGUACCCACAGAUCUUUUGGUCACAUGACUGGAGGCAUCUUUCCAUUCACCUCUUGUCUUUAAGUUCUUGCUGGAGCUACCAGCACGCUUCCCAAAGGCGUUUGAUGCUCAGAAAGGAUAGGAACUUGAUUUUUUGCUUUUAAAUGAAUAAAUACAAAACUUGCAGUUGCCAGUGAUUUGUGUUAAGAUAAUAAUUAAAAACAACAACACCCAGGCUGAUCAUGUGGUGCAUUUGCACUCUCUGUCUGUGCAAGAGGCCUGCUGUGGUGGAGCAAUCGUUUCUCUCUCUUUAGCAACGUUGUGGAUACCCAGAUCUGUAUGAAAAGUGAUUGCUCAGUGAAGUGAUGGUGUUGUGGAUACAAGCUGCUGUGGAACAAAGUUAGUUUGCUUGGUCAGCGCAUUCACUGCGGAACUUGCUCUAGAAGUGAAACAGAUGUGUCUGUCCUUUGCUCUCAUGCUGUGGGGGGGGGGCAGGGGUGCUGGUGGAAUGUUGCUGAGGGUGCAGCUUCUCUCUUGGUUCUCAUCACGGCAGAGGCCCUGAAUGAUCGAAACGGCAUUGUGCUGCGUUCGACAAGCAGAUGCUUGGCCAGACAUAGACAAAGGGAAAUACGCAGGUUCCAAAUAACGGGCUCGUUUGGGGUGGCUUCAGGCUUCCCAUCCCUUCCCAGGAGUCUCCUAUUUCCUCCCAUGUUUUGGCUUAUUUCUGUGAUUUCAGGACAGUGUUGCUAGCCUUGCGUAUUCCUCACUCUUUUCGGAAGCUCCUGUUCUUCCUAUCCACCCACUGAGUUGUACUGCUGAGGUCUUGGGAAAGAUGCAAACGUUUACGCAAGGCUAGGAAGCUUCUUCACUAAAACAACAUCAAAACAAAAGGACGGGAAUCUGUCUUCAUUGUUUUAAAGAACUUGUUUCCAGUUCUCGUUUUUGUGGAGAAAAAGUGAAUUCCAAAGGCUGAAUACCCACAAUGUUCAUUGGGUGGGGAGGCUGAGAGGAGAGUCUUCCUAGAGAUAUGGAUUUUUACAGUUCUGCCUUUUCCUUCUUCAGGGGUCCUAGACUGUCCCUGCCCCUGCUCUCCCCUUCUCCCCACCACACACAUUGAACUGUACCCCAGAAACCUUUCCUUUCUCCCUUCUUCCAUCACCCCAGCCUGCCAAUGAUGUUUUCCUCCAGGAAUCCAGAUUUUAGUAAAUGAAGCAAAUUGGAAAAUAAAAUGGAAGUUGAUGUGAAAUGCAUUCUCAUUGCAAAACAUGACUUCUGCAUUUGCUAAAAUCUCUGCUGUUAUGUGUGAUCAGGGCACAUUUGCCUCUAUUCCCCCCCCCGUCUUCCCCCUAGCUUUGAGACCUGGGUAGACUUGACUUGUGCAAAUAAUAAUAAUAAUAAUAAUAAAUUUUAUUUAUAUCCCGCCCUCCCCAGCCGAAGCCGGGCUCAGGGCGGCUAACAACAAUAAAACAGUAUAAAAGUACAGCAUAAACAACACUCUAAAAUCAUUCAUUAUAAAAUUAAUUAAGGUCCAGACAGGUCAGAAAAAAGAAAUCCCACAUUUGCAAUGUCUAUGCUUUCUAGAUUUUCACUGCCUAGCUUCUCUGUGUGUGUAUAUUUCCCCCAGGCAGGUGGGUCUGGGUGCCUGAGCUUCCUGUCCCAGCCUGGAGCAGAUUGGCUGUGGCACUAAUCGUACUGCAUGAAGGAUUACCGGCCACCAGGAUUAAAGGAUUUCUGUAAAAAGAGCUGAGGAGGAAUGGGGGAUGGGCUGCUGCAAGAGCUGGGAGGGCAUACAUGACUGGCUGAUGGGGAAAGGAGUGAGGUUGGAAGGUCUUUGGCUGAGGAACCAAGGUACCGUAUUUUUUGCUCUAUAAGACUCACUUUUUCCCUCCUAAAAAGUAAGGGGAAAUGUGUGUGCAUCUUAUGGAGCAAAUGCAGGCUGCGCAGCUAUCACAGAAGCCAGAACAGCAAUAGGGAUUGCUGUUUUCACUGUGCAGCGAUCCCUCUUGCUGUUCUGGCUUCUGAGAUUCAAAUUUUUUCCCCCCCCUUGUUUUGCUCCUCCAAAAACUAGGUGCGUCUUGUGGUCUGGUGCGUCUUAUAGAGCAAAAAAUACGGUACUUGUAGGCCACAGGGGAAAUGCAUGGCUGCUGCUCUCUAGAGAUGGAGAAGUCCACUAGUGACCUAACCCAGGGCAGUCCAACCUCUUAGACCAAGUGGAACGCAGGAGUACUUCAACACAGAACCUGGGGGCCGCACACUGAAUUAAAUUUCCAUAUUGUUAAUUAAAGCAUUUGUAAUAUGGCCAAUGCGAUUUAAUAUACACAAUUAAUUUAUUUUAAGGGUGAGCACUCCUAAACAUAAUGAGACCAGCUCCCAAGUAAGUAUGCAUUGAAUCAGGGCAGGUUGCUAGGCUGUGAUCAGUAGGACAGGGUUUUGACUCCAUGCAACCUGACCUGGGAUAAAGCCCCGCUCAGGUCAAAAUGCAGUGCAAGCCUAAUGCGUGCCUAUUCACAAGUAAAUGCUGUUAAUUUCAUUGAGACAUACUCCCAGGUAAAUGCAGACUGCACAGGGCUGCCGCCUUAAAAAAUAUACAUGGAGGUAUUCAGCUGUCUUAAUACCACUGCAGGGGAAAUAACCUCUCUCACAUUAAUGCGUUGUUAUUGCUAUAAUUUUUUUGUUGUUGCUUAUAUCCUGGGCAAAGUUAGAGGGGAGGAGGGGGGUGGCUGGCCUGUAUGGCCUUGCAGAGGCUGAGGGAGACACAAGAAGUGGCUUUGCUGUUUCUGCGUGCCCCUCACAGCAGCAAUGACAAAGCCGGCUACUCAAGCCACACUAAGAAGCACUGAAUGUUUUCAAGGGCUGCAUGUUGGACCACCUUGAUCUACCCCUUGCAUGAACUAAGGACAGCUUUUACGCUCCAAGCAGCAGGCGUUGAGCUUCCCAAUGGGUGCUUCUCCCGUUUUUAAUUAUGCCCCCACCCCACCUCUGAAACUGGAACUGAGCUUAGGGAGCGGAGUGUGCAUGCACAAGGUGGAAAAAGAGCGUUUGCAGUAUCAGCAGGCCUGGGAGGGGUUGCACACCCGUCCCUCCCACCGCCUUUUUUCUCUCUUGCAAGCCCCUUAUCCCCACCUCCACAUUCAGGUUAUCUCUCCGAAAGUGGCUUUGGGAAUGUGUGUUUGCUGAGAUUAACCCCAGUGUAGUUUUCUCAUUUUAAAUGUCGAGAAUGAUGCCCCACAAGCCUCCCAGUGGGCCUUUGUACUAUACAGUUUAGGCAUGCUGUUGAGGGUUGUAGAAUUAUUGGGUUGUUCUUGUUUUUAGUUUUUAUUAUGUAUUUCAUGUUUUUAUAUUGUGAUUCUAUGUUGUGAAGCCCUGAGACCUGUGGGUAUAGAACUGUAUACAAAUAAAAUAAUAGGUGGGUAUGCGGACCUUUUCUGGCACUUCCUAAAAAAGCACAUUCCUAGCAAUCCUUUGGCUUUUCAGCUGGUCUCAAACCAGUCUAUGCUGUGUAUCUGUCACCUUUUGGAAGCCUGUGUCCAGGACACAGGGAGUGGGUCACUUCACCUGUGGGACUCUCUUGGAGCAAAUGCCUGGGCCUCGGUUCUCAAGCUGUAAAAUGACAGGGACGAGGGUUGUAGGUUUGCUGGGAGGGGGACUGAUGUGCACACACAAAAAUAUGGAACAGGUUUCAAAUGCGAAUUCUAGUUCUUGAGAUGUGCUCUCAUUUCCUCAAAUGUCUCCUGUUGCCUUGGGAGGAGUGCUUGUGCAGAGUCCUGCUUGUUGAAUGGGGUACCUUCUACAACACCUGGGAGUAGUGAGGUCCAGCAUCUUAUCAAAUGUACUGGUCACUGAGGGAGUGCUUUAUGGGCUGGAUGCCUAACUGAAUGACAACAUGGUUCCUAUAUCCUUGUAGGCAGCGGUCAAAUCUCUGUUAAAUGAAUGAAUGUCAGAUCUACAAAUCUUGAACUAACCUCCAAUCCCUGAUAGUUCAUUUCAUUUCAUUUUUUAAACUUUAUUUAUCAUGUUUAUAUUCCCCCCUUUCCUCCAAGGAGCCCAAGGUGGCAUACGUAGUUCUACUCUCUGUUUUAUCUUCUCAACAAUCACGUGAGGUUAAGACAAACUGCCCCAAGAUCACCCAGUGAGCGUCAUGGUUGAAUGGGGAUUUGAACCCUAGUCUUCCAUAUCCUAGUCCAACACACCACUACAUCACAUGGUCUCAUUGAUUUUUUUAGUCAAGCUAUUAAAACAUGGGAUGGCUUCCCAACUCAGCAUGGCCUUGGGCAAUGCUGAUUAUUUGGAUCCAUUUCAAUUUGUCUUCAGACCUGGGUUUGGGACAGAACAGCCUCUGUUUCACCAGUGGAUGGCUUCCAUUAGGAAAUGGCUUGUGAUUGUGUCCCUGUUGGUUCUUUUACAGCUCUUAGUGGCUUUCAACAUCGAUGACCAUGGCAUUCUUCUGCGCCAUCUUGCUAAGUUGGGUCUGAGGAGGGGAGAGUAUAUGUUAGCACUGGUCCUUUCUGGAAGCUUUCCCACCUAGUUUACCCAUUGUAUGGCAUAGGAUGCUAAAAGUUCAUAUCCCCCAAUGCGUCCUGACCCAAAUAAGGCUGCUGUCCCGAUUCUUUAAUCAGCUGCAUAUCGAGGAGAAGCUCAGCAUACGGAGCUGCUUCUUUCACUGCCAGGGGCAUCGCUUGGUACUUAAAGAACCUGGGAAACAGAUCAUGGUGCAGAUUUGCAUAAAUGUACAGUGUGCCUCUGGGUAAAUUAAGAUGGCAAGGCUGUUGCUAGCACUGCACUUAGCUGCACAGUAAGCAAAGUUUGCUUUUUUUAAUUUAAAAAGGAGGCGGAGGAAAGGGGAUCUGGGGCACAGCACAAAAUUCAGUUCCCCAAGCGGUGCCCCUGGUCUCUGCUACCCUAUAAUGGACUUUACGGACCUUGGCAUGCAGCUGUUCAAGGAACAGGAGCCUUAUUUGGGGCAGAGAGGGCUCUUUUCCUGGAGGCAUCGCUCUACUCAUUUGGCUGGCUUGCAGUAAAUGCUCCAGCGUAACAGCUUUGCUUGCUAGCUUCAUUCUGCCGAAACCAGAAACAUUAACUGUUUGCCGUCCCCACGCUUCUCUUUUCACUUACCAGGACCAUACAGUAACAGGGUGGCUUUUCUGUCCUUCUGUUGGAUAAUAAUUCCCAUUGUCUUUCCACCUUACUUUGGAUUCAGUUCUGGGGGCACAGCGCUUGCCCCAAAGUCUUGUCAUUGCCUAGUUGUGCGCCAGUUCAGAGACUGAAGCAGCAAUGGAUCAAUAUCUGAUGUAUGAGGGUUUCAUUAACUAGAGUGGCCUGCUCUUCUUUUUGUAUGUAGAGCUUGUCUGAAAAGAGUUCUUCUUCUCUCUGCCUACUCAUUUGGGGCAGAAGUCAUUAUGGGGCUCCUUUAGUUCCCCUUCUGAGUCUCAGGCACCGAAUACAGUGUGAGAACUGGUAGCUCAGCCUUGUUAAAGAGCCUUUUGCAACGUUGAUACAGCCACCUUUCUUUGAAGUGUCAUCUACUGGGCAUUUACCCCUUGGCAAAUCUCAGCAGCAGAUACCACCCUGCAGUGUUCAUUCAUUUUAAUAGGUUUGUAUCCUGAUUCUUCCUCCCCAAGGGCCUUAGUUUGCCUACCCAUGGUUUAAAGCAUACAACAUUUUGUAAACUAUUGGAUGAGGGAUGGGCUUUUCUGGAGUCGCUUAUGCCAAGGGAAGUGCCAACCUUUCAUGGGUAUUCUCUUCUCUGAUUCUGCCUCUUCUGUUGAUUGAUCUGGCUUAUACCUCUCCUGAGCACCUCCCUCUUCUCUCUCUGCUGCUUGCUAUCAUGGAGAGAUUUUUUUUCUCAGAAAGGAUGGCUCAUUUUUUCACAAACGGGGAGUUGCCUCUGUGUGUGUAAAAAAAUAAAAAUCACACAUAUUUUACUUUGGGUGCUGGUUGUCAGGGUCCUGAACCCUAUUAGUUUGUGGGCCAAUUAUUUUGCUUUGCUCUACUGUGGGUAAGAAGCAAUAGAACUGGAGCCACAUGCUAAGGGAAUUACUUGGUUUGUUUUGUUCCUGUGCUAAUAGAUCCUAAAGCUUAUCAAACUAUUAUGAAAUGGGAUUUCUGUAAACUUUCACUUUCCAGCAGUCUAGCAUUUAGCUGCCAGAAGGAACAUUAUGUUGAACUUUCGAUAGAUGAGAAAGCUAGAGUCGUGUGUUUCCAGAAGUACUGGGGAGAACUUCCAGAGGGAUAGAUGUAAUACAUAAAAAACCCAAGAGUCUUCUGGCACCUUAAAGACUAAUUGGAGGAGGGCAUUCUCCCCCUUUUUGAUGCACCUUACAGGCAAACAAACUUUGUUAAGAUAUGUUUUUAUGGGCUUCAUCAGAUGCUUGGAGUGCGAUCCUUGGUUGUUGAGUAUAUUCACUUAUGAGUUUAAAGACAGGAAACGUAAAUUUGAAAUUAAAUGGUAAUAUAAUGCAGUCUGUGAUAAUUCAGUUAGAUAUUAAAUUUGCAGCAGCCGUAAUUGAUAAUCUUAGUGUUGUUGAUUAAAUUAACACCUGUGGAGGGAGAGGAAAUCAUUGUUUCCAUUUGUUGCCCCCCUCCCGGAAACCCAUGUCCUCACUGUGGAAAGAUGUGUGGAUCCAGAAUUGGCCUCCACAGUCACUUAUGGACUCAUUGUUAAGACUGUGUUCAUGGAAGACCAUCUUACUCAGCUACGAGUGAUCGCCGAAGAAGAAGAUUUUUAUAUGAGCAAUUCCAGGUGAUUAGGAGAUCCAGAAAAAGAAUAGUGAGGUUGAGUUUUAGUGGAAACGUAUCAGAUGAGUAUGGAAGCUUUUCUGUGUUCUCCUUUUUAAGACAGGGGACCCAUGCUGUUAGCUGUCUAAUGUAAGCUUGUUCUUGAAGCGUUUGGCAGACAGUGCUAGCACCUGUGCACUUUCUUGCUGCCACGUCCUCCGCAGCUGGGAUGUGCACCUGUGCUUGUGGAGAUAAGCUUGCCAGUUCCCGUUGUGCCUUGUUUCAGCUGCUGUUCAGCUUGGUGCUGCAGGGAUUCUGGCCCCAUUGAAGAAGCUCUUUACGAGCCUCUUGAGACAUAAGGGAGCCAGUUGUGGAAUCAGAAGAAAAAACACGAGGAUGUAAUGAAUCCUGUUUGCUGGACUGUCUGUUUCAUUCUCCAUGAGUUCUCACAGAAGAAAUUGCACACUUAUCACCUAACUGGCCUUUUAUGGAUUCCCCAUUAGUCAGGUUCGCCACACUCCUGCCAAUCUUUCCUCUUAAACUCUGGCCAUCUCAGGUUUCCCUGUGUCUUCCAGAAACAGAGUCAUGUCUCUUGCCUGCUCCGCAGGUUCCAAGUAGGGCUCCCAGUUCUCGACAAGAGUGCUAAUCUGAUAUUGCUUUGCACAUCCUGGGAGGAGCAGCAAUAGCACCACCUUUGCCAGUGAGACUUCUCUUGCCCUGUGCAGCUGAUUAGAUUGGAUUAGAAGUUCAAGGUGGACUGGAAUGUGUUUGAACUUGAGGCUUGCGCCAGGCAAGUUUUCUCUGAGACUGUGUAAUAAGAGAUGCAAGGAAGAAGAGUUCAAACUGAGUUUAUUUGCAGAAGCACAAAAAGGAUGGACCUCUCUGCAGCUUUUUGUGUCUCACCAUAACCACCAACGCAGGAUAAAACACGAUCUAUUUUAAGACAAAAAUAGUUUUGUGGAAAGCAUAAUGCUGUGUCAAUUCUGUGACACAUCAAACAUUGUUUGUACUCCCUUGUGCAGACAGCAGACAUGGUUUGGAUUUUAUGCAUUACUUUUAAUACAUCGCCAUAACUUGUUCUGUAAACUUUUGGCUUCAUACUGUGUUAAAGAAACUGACUUUUAAAAAGCAUGUAGAAGGGGCUGAUGUGCUGCUUCGGGGACAGGUGUGUAAACCAGGCUUGUCAUGAUCCCCAGCAAAUUAAAAGACAGCCAGUAGCCCUGUCGAAGGGAAAUAGCCAGUCACUGUCUGUCUUGUCCAGGUUUGUGAGGCUGACCUUUCUGUUCUCAUGGGGGCUAAAAACCUUUUAAGAGAACAGCUGAGAAUUCACCAGCAGUUGCCAGGGCCUCACAGCAGCAACCAGUCUCAGCCUUUUUUGCUUUUGAAACCUUUGUAAUUGGGAUCCAACUGGCCAGUGCCUUCCUGCUCAGGUGGAACCAGCUUCGGAGAAAAGGGUCUUACACCUAGAGAAGUGGUCUUGAACUGCACCUACCAGCAAGAUCCACAUGGUGCUGCUCCCGAUCCUCCUUUUUCUAGCGGGCCGGGAAUCGCGCCGACUCCUUACUCUGCAACUCUUACCCUGCUGCUUCCUUGCACUUUCCAUGCACAUCUAUGCACACAUGCGUCUUUGGCACCUGCAUGCGUUACAUUUUCGUGCACCUUCCUUUUAUGUGCUGGCCGUUGCAUAGCAACCACUGGCUCACAAGAUGCUUAGAGCUGUAAUAAUGCAGCCGGAUAAAACCGACCUAAAAAUACCCCUUGCCCAAACCUCUCCUGGGCAGCUGGGAGGAGUGGCUGGGGAGGAGCCAGGGGGGGCACCUUGGAAAAAGUUCCCAAACUGAAUUGCCCUCUAAGUGGCUUUGUGCGUCUCUCGUCAGCUGUCCAGCGCAGCGGGAACAGUAACAGUUUCCUGGCAGGGAGCUGGGAUUGGCUGGGCUCGGUGCGUGGGAGUCUCUGCUGCUCCUUCUGCUCCAGCCGGACUGGGGAUCCCUCUCCUGCUGUGUCUCUUCCCUCCCCGCCCCCUUGCACUGUCUGGAAGAGAGGGAAGUGGAGGCUGCUGCUUGGGAAGCCAUUUGGUGCUGAGAAAGUGGGCACCCUGAUGUUCCGGCCUCUGCACCCCACCUUGCGCCUGGCUCUGACCUGCUAGGCCUUUCUCAGCUGCCCAAGGGCAGCACCCCCUGCCCAGUCUUGAGAGGGCAUUGCCUCAAGGGCAUCAUCAUGGGCACUGUCAGUGAGCUCUGUGCCUCCAGUUUCCAAGCCUUCCUCUUCCCCUCCACCUUGGUAGCCACCAAGCCAGGUAGGUGCUUUAUAUUUUGCCUCUCCUCUCUAUGUCCAGGAGUGUCUUGUGCUGAUGCUGGGAGAAAUGAGGUGCCGGAAGUUGGGGUGUGUGCAGUAUGUAUAUUGUCUGUGGUGGGGCCAGGAUUAGUCAUCCUCUCCUAUGCCCUGUCCCUUGCAAGCGAAGCCACAACAGGCAUAUUGCACUGGUGUCCCUCUAAGUGAAGGCUGCUGGUGAAAGGGGCAGGGGCCACAGCUUCAGUGCCUUUAGCUAUGAUGUUGCUUUCCUCUUGCUGAGAUUUGGUGCACCGUCGUUCAGCCAAAGUGUAACCUUAUCCGCUGGAGCUCAAAAAAACACACAGCUGACUGAAUUGCUUUGGAAUGAGGAGCUUGGAAGAAUCCAUCCUGCUGAUUCCUUAGCUCAGGAACCAGUCUAACCUCUGUUGUACGGGUGGAAGGAAGAGGUGGCAAUUGGUUCACAGCCUUAUGUUUGGUUACAAUAAGGCUGAACCCAGUUCUGUGUUUUGAUCCCCUUGGCAAUCUGUUUCCUCACAUGCUCAGAUUCAAAUACAAACUCCAGUCCAUUUCACAGGCAACCUGCUCUGCUAGUUGUAGAAUCAUAGGAUUGUAGAGUUGGAAGGUACAACGAGGACCAUCUAGUCCAGCCCCCUGAAAUGCAAUACCUCAAGGACUAGCUCUCUCCAUGUGAACCUACCUGGACCCUGAGAUCAUCCUCUGAGGCCCUACAAGUGGUCCAGGGGGUCGCAACAUGAGAACGGGCCUUUUCUGUAGUGGCUCCCCAUUUGUGGAAUGCUCUCCCUAGGGAGGUUUGCCUGGUGCCUUCAUUAUGCACCUGUAGACGCCAGGCAAAAACAUUCUUCUUCAACCAGACCUUUGGCUGAUUAUACCCUUUUAAAUGUGUUUGUGGGAAGAGGUGAAGGGAGGAGGGUUUUAGUCGUUUUCUUCUUCUGUUUAUUAUGUAUUUUGUGUUUUUAUCUUGUAUUUUUAUGUUGUAAACCAUCCUGAGAUCUACGGAUGAAGGGUGAUAUACAGAUUUAAUAAAUAAGUAAAAUAAAAUAAACAUUUUGCCCAACAUGGGCCACAACCCUGAAUUUAAGAGUCCCAUGCUCUACUCAUGGAGAUGUUGUUGUGGUGUCUGCACAUUUUCUGAAAGAGUCACUUGUGCUAACUUUAUACAUGUUGAGGUGUGUGUGUUUUCCACAUAUUCUUGUGAAGAUUUCUUUUUUAUUAUCUGAAGUAAGUUUUCUAAAGUGCGUGAGAGCAGAUCAUUAUUUUGCUGAUGCCUAGCAAUGGGGUUGUGGCUGUGACCUCUUUUUGACCUCCCUAGAGGAAGAGCAUAUGCUAUAGUUGUCGUAGUUGUUGAAGUUGCAUUUAUAUCCCGCCCUUCCUCAAGGUGGUUUACGUGGUUCAUUUUCCCCUCUCUAUUUUAUCCUUACAAUAACCCUGUGAGGUAGGACAGACUGUAACUGACCCAAGGUCAUCCAGCAAACUUCAUAGCUGAGUUUGGAUUUGAACCCUGGUCCCCCAGCUCUAACCACUGCAUCACCUGUAAUGGGUCACAAACUCUGGACAGCCAGUUUGGUGUCUGCAUUGUGGAGUAUGAUGAAUGGAAAGGACUGUGUUACACAAAGGCGGCUGCUGAGGCCUUAGGCCAAUUCCAUUCUCAACCCCAUUUUCACAUUAAAAAACACACACCCUAUGAGCUGCCUUACUGGAGGAAGAACCUGACUAAGGCAGCUUACAGUAAAAUCUAUUCCGUACAGUAAAAUAGCAAAACAAACUGAACAGAGCCAGCAGCAAAAUCGGGUAACCCUGGGAGGGGGUUUGAGGGAUGGGUGUGUUUCUAGACCUACAUACUGAAUGCAACAGUCAUGCAACUGUUAAACCAACUACAGUUUUCACCAGUAUGGAAAACUGACAAUGGGCAAAAUUUCACCUGUGGAAUGAAUGUCUGCCUGUUGCACAGAGCCUCUACUAAAGAAAGAUUAGCAGGCUUACUAUGUAUGGGCACUUGAUGAGACGGGCUUGUUUUCUGUCUCUUCUUCCUUGCUGUGUGACAACAGGAUGGGUGGAGGGUACUGAUUUGUCUGAUGAGGGUUUGUGGUUUUAGGUUGGCGGGGAGGCUGGCAGGCCAGAUAGAAUGAUCCAGGAUUAAAGCCACUUCACAGUAUGAGACUGUUGGUUCAGGUACAGAGAGAAUAUAGCAGCCUUAGCACUGAAGCCUGUAACAUUGAGUUCUCCGGUUCAUUGGCUCAGCCCCAGGUUCUGUUAUUCCUUGCAUUCUGGUAUUGAAAGUUUUGCUGUAGAGUACUUGGAUCCGGGGAGUAGUUCUUGUGAGUUCAGUCUAGGGAUCUGCAGCUGUAAAGGACAACUAAUAGAGUACAUUGGUACCUCGGGUUAAGUACUUAAUUUGUUCCGAAGGUCUGUUCUUAACCUGAAACUGUUCUUAACCUGAAGCACCACUUUAGCUAAUGGGGCCUCCCACUGCUUCUGCGCCGCCGGAGCACAAUUUCUGUUCUCAUCCUGAAGCAAAGUUCUUAACCCGAGGUACAAUAUCUGGGUUAGCAGAGUCUGUAACCUGAAGCGUAUGUACCCGAGGUACCACUGUAUCUGGUAUCUUUCCAACAAUUUUCAGAACCUGAUUUUCCCUUUUUAAAAAGAGAACAAGUUUCUGCCCCCUAGUAUUUAUGAAAGGCAGUGUGAAUAUAUGGAUGGAUUCUUUAUAAAACCUAGCCAGGGAAUAUUGCUGUUUCAGACCCUUCCCAUCACCCCAGUCCUUGUUAUUUCUUGGGUCAACAAAUCUAGUUUCGCUGUUUCCCUUGCUCAGUCUGACAUAGGGUUGGUACACUGGUGGGUUGAUUGCCUAUUUAUUUGACCAUUGUCAUAUAUGUUUGAAUAUUCCAUGAAGGCAAGAAUACCACUGCUUAGGUGGCAGAUUUGCAUUUUAUUUCAUUAUGGGUUUCACUUCUUGAUGAGGACUGCUUGCCUCUGUAGUGGUCAAAGGCAAGCCUAGCAACAUAGAAAACCUUUUCCUACCAACCCCCUGCUACAAUUGCAGCUAUCUCCAAACAGGAAUGCAAGUUGUUUUCAUUGGCAAAGGUUGUUAUUUUAAUUGCAUUUUAAAACAGAACAAAUAGCAAUUGUAAGCUGACCCUGGAGUUUUAGGAUAAAAAAUGAAGGAUAAUCUUUCAUUGACUUGUUCACAUGUAUAGAAACCAUACUUUGCAUUAAUUCAUUAGCAGCCUAACUUUUUGGGGAUGGGAAGUUCAAAAACACAGAGUCAAAAAUCCUUGGUAGUCUGCUGCAUGUCACUUAGACCUACCAGUAGAUCCCAGUUUAGCUUCUGUCUAGUACUGCUCCAGAUGUUGUCCACCUGCACCUUCCACAAGACUCAGGCAACAUGGCAGUGGUCAGGAAUGAUGGGAGUUGCAGUCCAGCAUUGUCUGGGUGGGCAUCAUGUUUAUUCUGCCUCAGAACUUGGGGUUUUGGUUAAAGAUUUUGAGGCUUAUUUUUAGCAAAACAAACCAAGGUGAAAUUGCCUGGUCUAGAAGAUACCAUAUGUGGUUGUGCAGAACAGGGUAUUGAUUCCUGUUGCUUCACAGUGAAUUUCCUGAAAUACAAAAUGUGGAAAGUGAAAUCUCAUACUAGAUUAGUGACUAAAGCAUGGUGGGUGAGCUUGUAAAGCCAUGCAGAACUCUACAGGUGAGGAAGACAGCUAAAUUGUGGAGGGCAGAAAGUUUGGGGUCUAGUUGCCUUUUUCUUCUUCUGCCUUAUGAAGUAUCCUGUGCAAAAAGGCAUACACCUCUACUCCCACAAAAAGAUAGAUUCUUAGGCAUUCGUUUGUAGGACCAAAGUAUCAACAGCUGCGUGAAUUUCUACCAUGCAGCCUGGCAGUAGGAUAGAUACUGCAGAGUAAUGGCUGGCAGCCUGCAAGCUCUCGCCAAACUGGGAGAGGAAUUCUGCCAUCGCCCAGUGGCUUACAAACAGGGCACAGCUGCAGUUUGUCAUGAAGUAUGUGAGGGGGAACCCAAGGGGCUGGUUGUGUUGUUCUCUCCACCUCUUCAGACGUUGGGGAGAGCCGUUUCCCAUAUGGCUGCUAGCUCCAUCCCCAACAGUCAAACAGAAGGGGAUUCUGCCUUGGCAGGAGCUGGGAGGGGGAAACGGAAGCCAGAUGGUGUCCAUGGAAACGAGGCCUGUACUCUGCACAGCCAGGUGGCUCCAGGCAAAGCAUGGCUGGGGCUGUUGUUAUGCCUCAGCUGUGAGUGAAGAGGAGUGGGGUGAUGGGCCCUGUGUGUGUCUGCCUCUUAAAAGUGAGGAAUUGGUUGCACUUCUGCAAAAGUAAUGGGCCUGGCAGACUUAGAAAUGGAGUCCCUUUCCUGGCAGCACUGAAGUCUUACUGUAUCUGAUGCAGCAAUGAGAGGCAACUGUCAUUAGGAAAACAGGAUGUGGUCGCAGUAGCAGCUGAGAGCAGGAACUUCUUGUGGUGCCUUGAACCCGUUUGUGCCUGGCAACUUGGAGGAGACGGGCAAAAGUUUGUUGACAGCCAGAUCUUGUCAGACCCUAUUUAAACUAGAGGAGCACUCCAAAGUUUCUUAAGCUAGGAACAACUUUACAAAAACCAUUGUACCCUCUCUCCCUAGCUAGACCAGGUCUUUCAGCUCAAAUGCCACAUUCUCUCAGGGGCAGGCUUCAUGGAUGUGGAUGUGAAUUUUCCCUUUGUAUGGGAAUCCGCGCUAAAGCCAGAGAUUUUUAUGCACAGGUAUCUCUGGCCAUGCUAAUAUUACCACAGUGGAGGACAGCUUCCAGUCAGGCAAAAUCACUCCAGGCUGAUUUAGAGCACGGGUCUCAAACUGUGACCUUUGAAUCACUGGUGGUCUGUGAGCUUCAUCCAAGUGGUCUGCAGCAUUUCUGUGGAUUUGCUGUUGAAGAUGGCAAUUGGCAAGUCCAUCGCGUUAAAUACUCCUAUUGAUUUUUAAUAGCUUUUUUAUUGCUCCUUUUAUUAUAAUAUUGUAUUUUAUUGCAUUGCAAUUUGAAUUCUAUGAAAUGCAGUAAAAUACAGUGUGUAAGAAAUAAAAGAAGCAAUAGAAAUACAGUUGCUGCAGCAGACAGGAAAGUCAGUAAGUGGGCCACCAAGACCCCCAUAUCCUGUGUGGGAUAUAAAUAGGGAACCACUGCUGCAGAGUGUGGCCAGUGACAUGUGUGGUCUGGGGAGAAACUUGAGGGAUGGGUAAAGAAGCCCAGAAAGCCGCAUUUGUCCCCCUCCACCGUGGACUGAAAUACCCCCACACCUCCUCUAGGCAUACAGAUGAGGUCCCCAACUGCACCAUACAUUUAAAGCAGAAUCAUACCACUUUAUACAGCUGUGGCUUCCCCCAAGAAUCCUGGGAACUGUAGUUAGUUGAGGGUGCUAAGAGUUGUUAAGAGAGCCCUAUUCCCCUUACAGAGCUACAGUCCUCAGAGUAGUGGUUUAACAGUCAGUCCCUCUUCCCAGGGAACCAAAAGGUUUAUUCAUUAACUUCUGAUUAGAUUCUUGAACUGCCUGGGAGCAACUUUUUGAAUGGCUCUGCACCUGUGUAUGAUUUCCUCAGCCACAGUUUGACCACUUCUGGUUUGCAACUGAGUUUGGGGAGGUGUGUGUCUUACAAAGCUUCGUUCUAGCCAGCCCUAUCGUGUGGAGUGAACUGGAUGAAGUUUUGGGGCAGAUUGGGAAUGUGAAGAUGUGUGAAUAAAUCAGCAAUGAUGGAGAAGACUUGGAGCAUCACCAUGUCCCUCCUUUCUAAGGUCCUCAGGGAGAAAAUGUGUUAUUGUGUCUUGGGAAUCUAUGCAUUUGCUUGACUUCCUAAUUGGCACUCUAUUGAGCCAGGGCUUUCCCACCUAUUCUCUUAGUCUAGGUGCCCUCCUGUCUGCCUUUGGGCAGCUGUCUGGGUAUGAUGCUUUCUUUUAAAAUGUAAAAUCUGGGACUUGCCCAGCAAAAAUUGCAGGGUGAUUUUACAGUGAUUCACAUAUGUGCUCAGACACAGCUUGCAGAAGCCCUAGAGUGUAAGGAGUAAGCUGCAGUCAUAUAGUUACUGGACCAUAAAUGUGUGUAAUUGCUUUUUGCAGUCUGGGGUAGAGGUGGUAGCAGAGAGAUUAUUUGUAAUGGUUCAUGAGUUUGUUUUCAGGAAGGAGUUCUCUCUGCAGUCCUCUUGAUGGGUUGAUGGGUUAAAAGACAAAUGUGACCCCCGCUUGGGCCAAUGCCUUUUUAUUAUCAGCAGAGGGCAGCACAUGGCCAGCUAUUAUCUGUGCUGUUCUGUUACACACUUCCCCACAUCUUACAGUGCAUUUUCGGGGCUGAAAAAGUUUGCAUGCAAAUACAUGCUUCAUGGGGGGCGGGGCGGUGAGUGAACUGAAAAGCGUUGAAAAAGUGUGUAUUUUACACAACAGUGUGAAUUUGACACAUAAAGUGCUCACAAAAAUGUGUGCAAAUGUGUCCAACAGACCUAUGAAUGCCAGUGAGGCCUAAACUGGAUGGAAUUAGCUGCCUUUUACUUUAACUUGACUUUGAAUAGCAAGUUAUUAGCCAUUCUGCAAGGCAGUGGUUCCUGAUUUCCAUGGACCACUUGAAAUUGGUUGAGGGUCUUGGGUGGACCACUUCAAGAUUUUUCUAUCUGUUGUAGCAAUUGUAACGUGCUGUGCUAGAUUCUGUCAUGUCACGUGUUCAUUCCCAAUAAUAUUCUUACCCUUGCAAUCAUCUGUACUGUAAUGCUUUUGUGCUUUUGUUUGAAAAGAACAAAUAUAUAUAUAUAUAUAUAAUGUGCUGUCCUGGAUGCUGCAUGGUUUAUAAUUAUAUUUUUAUUGCUCCUUUCAUUUCUUAUGUAUUGUAUUUUACAGCAUUUUGAAGAAUUCAAAUUGUAAUACAAUAGAACGCAACGUAAAAAUAAAAGAAGCAGUAAAAAUACAAUUUAAAAUCUGUCGGAAUAUUUUAUGUGAUGGAUUUGCUGCCUCCCAUCCUCAGCCACAAAUCCAGACACAGUGCAGACUACCUGAACGAAGCUCAUGGACUUCAGUUUGGGAGCCCCUGUUUUGAAUAAAUGUCAUUCAAAACAAAACACCACAUGCCACAAAUGAAGAAUAGUUACCAUGCUGGGGCAUGUUGAAUUUUUAAAGUUUCAAAUUCCAAAAGUGAGGGGUGCUAAAAAAUGGUAACAUGACCUGAGGAUUCAAAAGCUGUUUUCAGGAACGACUGGGCCUGUGGAUGGUCUCAUAACAGUUCUCCUGGUAGACUAAAAGCAUUUAUAACAUGCUUUUCUUCACUGCAUUAAUAACCCACUUUUUCAAGGUGGCACACUUUGUGGUUCUUCUCUCCUCUGCCAGCAAGCUUCAAGGGGGGCUGCACAGAAAUUUCAGCCAGUCUUUUCUCACCCCUAAUAUUGACACAGUGGACCACACUGGCUCUGCACUCAAAUGUGCGUAAUAGUUUGUGAUUCCCCACCCUUUGCUGCAGGCUUGGGAGGGGUUCUUUCUGCUAUCCCACCCCACACAGAUCUUGCCAGCUAGUGUUUACAUCCGUCAAGCUGUAGUUUCCUCCUUGCCUCCAGAGCAUGAGGGGGUUAACGGCCCUCCGGAGGCUGUGGGAUCAGCACAGGAACAGGGCGUUGCUGGUUAUCUCAGCCACCGCCAGGCCAGGACUGUGAUGACGCCUAUCCUCCAAGGCAAGGGCCGCCCAUUGGCUGGGACAAGACUUGACUCAUUCCAGGAAGCCACAGCCAGACAGCAAGUCAGACUCAGGUGUCUACACAGCCGAACAGCACGUAACUGUGGAACGGACAGAGACAGUGGUCUGCAACAUCUCUCUGCUGCUGGCAGCAUGGUGCUCAGGAUGGAGAACGGUGAGAGUGGCGCAGGGUGGGGAACCCCCGGGCCCCCUCUUUGGGUGGUUGGGUGAGUUGUGUUUAGUGGUGGCGACCACUAAAGGCUUCAUUUGUGGGGAGCCAUGGUCAAGUUGGAUGUUUUACAGAAGUACGCACCUUCCUCUUUCAUUAAACCUUUUAAAUUUGAGAUCUUUUCCAACCUGCGUUUGUAUUGGAAUUGUUUUUAAAUAAGUUUUCGUUGUUUUAUCUCUCACCGUGUGCUGCUCUGGAAGUGAGUCUGGAAUAUAAAUUUAAUAAAUACAUAAACAUGGGGUGAGUUCUUCAGAACAUGGCCUUCCAUGUUGCAGUGAUAACUGAGUAGUGUUCUGAUCAGUGCUGUUUUUCUAGAAAAAGGGGUGCCGGAACUCACCAGGAACACCUCCCUCCUUCUCUUGGAAUGGCAAUGGCCCCCACCUGAGAGGUGCUGGAACUGAGUUCUGGCGAGUUCAGCUGAAAAAAAGCCCUGGUUAUGAUAAUACUAGUGAGAGUUGAAGAGUUCUUUGAGCUCCUGGCUCACUAGGAGCACAUCCCAUGAAGAUAUGCUGCCCUGGGGGGCGGCGGGGGGGGGGAAUUGCACUGGAAUAUGGGACAAGCAGUUACAGUAAGCAAUGCCAGGUAGGCUUACUUCUGUAGGGCCACUGCUGUGGCCUAGAUAUUUGAGGGGUUUUUUUUGGUGAAGUGUCCUAUUCCUGCUUUCAGCCGGGAGAGGCCCAGUCUCGCUGUACUUGAAAAGCAGGAGUUUCUGUUGGCAGCGCCCUGAGUGGCAUGCUCCGGCAUGCGUCUCUCCCAAAAUACCUCUCCUGUCCUUUUCAGUUCCGCUUCAGCCCUUGGGCACCAGGGAGGGUGCUGGGAGAAAAGCACGUGGAUUUAAUGAGGCAACAGGCUGCUUCCUACACGCUUAGGGCAGGGCUUCUCUACUUUCUCUGGGCACCACCUUGAGAGCAAGAGUGUUUAACAUGGCUGUCCCUGAGCCACAUGUGGAUCUAGAUGAGUGGGAGACGUGUUUGGAGAGAGGGUUGAACAUGUUGCCCAGUCAUAUUCUCUCUCUCUCUCUCUCUCUCUCUCUCUCACACACACACACACACACACACACACACACACUAGACCAAUCAGAUACAGGUGGCCACCAUUUUGUGUGUAUCUGAUUGAUGCACAACAGCUGACACGUGCGCUGCUUUUGGCCCCAGAAGGGGGCGGAAUGAGUUUACGCACAACUGCUGAUGCGCACAAUGACCUGGAACACAACCCUCGCACAAAUGGGGAGUUCCCUGUAUUGUCAAAUAAUUGUCAAGUGUGUUUUUAAAAGACCUUUAACUUUGAGAAUGAAAUCCACCAAAGCUUUAAAAAUAAACAAGUACAACCAGGGAAUCUCCAGGUGAGACCUGGAGAGACUCAUGUUUGAAACCCUGGAGAAACCCAGUCACUGUAAAUACUUCUAAGCUAGGUAGACCAAUGGUCCAGCUUGAUAGAAGGCAUCUUCCUAUGUCCUAAUGAAGUGGUCAAUUGACCAGUCAGUUAUAAUGUUUUCCUGGUCAACUGAUGAACCCUUAGAGCAGGCAUGGUCAAACUUGGCCCUCCAGCUGUUUUGGGACUACAAUUCCCAUUAUCUCUGACCACUGGUCCUGUAUGCUAGGGAUGAUGGGAGUUGUAGUCCCAAAAUAGCUGGAGGGCCAAGUUUGGCCAUGCCUGCCUUAGAGUGACCAUGAGCCCUGGGAAAUAGUUUCCUUCUAGGCUUGGAGCUCAACAUACCUCUGAGCCCAUGCAAGUCCAAAGAAGAAAUCCUUUCCUAGCGUGGGACUGAGUUUGCUCACUUGUUUUUAUUGCAACGCUAUCAGUGUUCUUCCAACUUAGUCUUGUGGCUUCUCUCUUAUCCCAAACUUUCUCCCUUGAGUAAUUCAGUCUGGAUUUUUGACAUCAUCAGAUAAGGGCUCUUCCAGCAGAGCAUGGAUUUUUUUAAUGAAAUAGAGCUUUUUUGGUUUACCAAAGGUGUGGGUGUGGGGGUCUAGAAGUGCAAUUUAGAGCUAAAUCAAUCAAUCUUGGAACAGCAACUUGCAUUCCCCCCUUUGUUGGCCAGCUUGCUUAUGGCAAGGGGUCUCUGCCUGUGUUCUGUGCAAUGUGGAGCCUCCCUCACUUCUGGCUUAGUCUUUACCUUGACAGCUGCUCUCCAUAUAGCAUGGGGCUUUAGGACUCCGGUUUCCUCUUGGGGUGCAUUUCCUGAAACUGACGCGACCAAGAGACCGGUGUGCACUCAACAAUGGGUGAAAGGCAGCGGUCCCAAACAUUGCGGCAGUGUCUCUUGCAUUAACAUCAGCAGUGCUUUUGUCUUCUCUGCAGUGAAGAGUGAGCAUUGAGGAUUUGCCCAAUAGCCAUUGGGAUUUGUGGUUCUACUGAAUCAAGGCACUUAGGAAUGACUAGUUUUCUACAUUUCAUUCACCCUUAAAACAACAACCACAAUGCAAAUUAUAGUCCAGUAAGCAAAGGCCUUUCUUAUAAUCGGUCUUUUACUGGUCACAGAGUCUGUUUCACAAUCUGCAGCAAAGAUCCUAACUUGCACUUUCUAAGCCCCUAGCCCUUAUUAAAUGCUGACUUUUUGCUUUCAAGACGCAUGUGCAUUGGUUUCAAGACCCUUGGGCAUUGGUUUAAAGAACUCUUUGCAUCUGAUGGCCUUUAUAAGUACCUUUUUUUGGUGAUUAUGAAUCCCAUCAGUUCUCUUUGUUGGAGCUUUUACAGUGAUGCCGCCAGCAGUGUUUAGUCCUUGAUGUUGCAGAAGUUCACCUGAAGCCUACAGAUCUGGCACAUUUGUUGAGCUGCAAGGUUACUUGUCCAUGUGUGAUUUGUGGGGAUGUUUAGUGCCACCCACAAUGUGAAACAUCUGAUAACUUUAUAUGCUGCUACUGCUUUAGACUUCCCACAGAGGAUGUACUCUUCUUACCUGAGAAUAUGGUGUUACUUGCUUGUGGAGCCUUUGAGUGGGAUUCAUUUAAUGAGCCCCAUCAGCAGAAGCCCUGCACAAUAACUUCUGCUUGAGCAAUGGGGCUUUGCUUCUUUUCCUCCCCCCCUGCUCCCUCCCCUGAAAUUGGCUCAGGGGAGCAAGAAAACCCCUGAAACAGCACACAGGGGGAGGAGAAGGGGGAAUCAUUCCACCUGGCAAGCUAAAAUGCUUGCCCAGAUGUUGCAUGAGUGGUAUUCAAUGCUAGCCCUACUCAGAGUAGACCCAUUACAGUUAAUGGGCAUGACUAACAUAGGUUUGUUAAUUUUAAAGGUUUUACUCUGAGUAGUGGACUUAGUUGAACAUAAUCCUUUAUCUUUGUUAGCAAGGAGCCCAAGUGUAAUGUUGGGCAAGUGUGGGCAUCAUGUCAUGAAGCUGGUGCUGAGUAGCAUCUGUGAUUACAGGGAGAAGGAUAUAAAUCCCUCUCUGCCAUGAUAGGAUUUCUGUGGGUGGAAUCUCACAGUUGCUUACCAUGAACCAGUUGCCAAAACCCUUGAAGCCAGGAGGCAAAUGUGGCACAUGGAUUCCCUGUGGUGCCUACUAUGGGGUUUUUUGUGUGCAUAAGGGUGUGUGUGCAACACCCUGUUUCGGUUUUGGAACAAGUUAUCCCUCCUCCUCAGAACAUGCUGUGUUGCUUUUUGGUGCCAAGCCCAUCAUCCGCAAGGAGCCACGCAGGAAUUGUUAGUAAAACACCCUUGCCUUCUGUAGUCAGGGUUGCUGCUUCCUUGCGAGCAAAUUUACUGUGCAACUUAAAAUGGCAGGCUGCAGAACAUCCCACUGCAUGGAUCUGUUCCCACAAGAUGUGUGUCAUUUGCAGCCUUCAUCUUAAUGUCUGCUUAAGCCUUGCUAGAAAGUGAACCUCUCUUCAGCUUCCCAGUAACGGUACCCAGAAAUGGAGCUCUCAUUGAAGGAACCUGCCUUGAGGAGAACAUCUGGAGCAAACAUACCUGUUGGGUGGUGCACUAUAGAAAGGGCUCAUCUCCAUGCCUUGUCAGGUGCAGUUCUCCCACCCACACAAGCGUUGCUGUUGUAAGGGAUAGAUACUGAGUUUGGAGGAAAGGCCUUAAUGGACUGCCUUGCCUUGCUUCUUGUGGUGAAUGCCAGAGGAUAACUGGCUCUUGUGGCCUUAAAUUAGCUUUCCCAACCUGGUGCCAUCCAGAUCAUUUGGACUAGAACUCCCAUCAGCCCCAGCCAACAUCUGAGUGGGGGAAGCUCCUGGAAAUUUACAGGAUAACUUGUGGGGUGCCAUCUUAUCCUUGCUCCCAGUCUGUAAUACGAGUUUAACUGCCUUGGCUCCACUGGGUCUUAUGGUGUCAAGGCAAUAAUUUCUUAUGAGGGACCAGAGUAAGAGCAGGGAGAGAGACUUAGGGUGUCAAGUCAAGCUUCCAUUACCCUGCAGGCACCUGAUGAUGUAACAGGGAGAGUAAUCCUAAGGGUUAAAUUUAUUUCGCACACAUGCAGGAAACUGAUGGUAUCUGGAAUUUCUUGUAACCUCAGCCACUGCCUUUAGUACACAUGAGGUCGCCUGGGAUUGGACACUUGGCAUUCAUGAGUCCUGUUCUAUAGUUUCACUGCCUUAGGGCAGGAGAGUUCCCUACCCUCACUUGACGUUGUGUGGAUGAGGGGAGAGCAUGGAAUUUCUGUUGCAUGUUUGUUUGCCUUAUAAUCCCAUCAGUGUGUGUGGUGGUUAACAGAGUACAAGAAGACAAGUCCUUUGUCUCAAGGAUCCUACAAUAAAGAGAGAGAGAGAGAGCGAGGAUACAAGAGAAGGGGAGGCAAGGGGUAAACAGGGGAAAUAAUGUAGAGUUGUACAUUUCACUUGCUACAGGUUUAACUGCGGCACGCCCACAUUAAAUAUGUUGAUUAUGACAUUCAAGUUGUGAUACAAUAAAAUGCAAUAUAAGAAAUAAAAUAAGCAAUAGAAACAGAGUUAAAACCAUACAGCAUCUAGCACAGUGCAUCGCAAUUGUUACAACAGGCAGAAAAAUCAUUGUGGUUCACUGAGACCCAUGGCAAUUUCCAUUUGGUUGUUGAGGGUGGAGAGUAGUGCCAGAUUACCAAAUAGGCAGAGUAAGCCCCAGCCUAUGGGCCCUGCAACAACAGAUCAAAAUAAUACUGAUUUGAGCUUGAAAGAUGAUUACAAAAACAUCUCGGGAGAUAAUUUGAGAGGGAGCCCCCAAUAUUUCGACUUCCUAGGGGCCUCCACAGGGUUUAAUCUGGCACUGAUAGAGAGAAGUUUGGGAACCACGGGACUGCAUCACACUGACUGGUGGUGGCUCUCCAGGAUUUCAGAUAGGAGUCUUUUCCCAGCCUGCCAGAAGAUGCCAAGCUUUGAACCUGGGUCCUUUUAUAUGCAAUGCAGUUGUUCUACCACUGAGCCUUGUCUUUUCCUUUGGUGUGCUGGUAAAAAUACUGUGUUUUCUGUGAUGAGCUGCAGGAUACAAAUGGCUUGCCAUGUGCUGAGUUUAAAGAGGCAGCCGCAACACUGCUCUGUGGAAUUGGCCACAUGUUCCUCUUGCUUGCUCUCCAUUGUUGCCUGCUGUUGUGGGCUGCCUUGUGGAUCUUGCCAUGCAUCAGUGGAAUGACAAAGUGUCACUGACAAGGACACUGGUUCUUGAAGACGCUGUCAUAUCUUGUUAGCUAAGUUGUAUUUAUGUAGCCGUGAUUUGGGGAGUGGGAUGAAUCAAACCUUGUUUUCAAGGUUUGUGGGGAGGGAUGCCCUUGUGUAUGCAAGGGGGCAGUGGGGAGAGAAGUGCUUGUUAUGAAGAUGCGGCACCAGGAGGGUCUGUGGUUUUUAAACUUCCCGGAUUACGUUGAAGAGAUUUCAGAUUCCAGUCCAGGGCUUCAUGGGAGAAAUCAAAGGAACAAAAAAAACCCCCACCUUUUAGGGUUCAGAACCUGAAUCUGCAACUAGGAUUAGGAAAGAGGUUCAAGCAAUGCCAGAAGCAGAAGACACAGAUACUUGUAUGUACCGUAGGUCUGGUGUCACAACAGGGUGGAACCGAUCUUGGGAACAUAAUCUGAAUGCAUUGCAUCUUGGGACAGUUUGCUCUUAGGGCAUUUAGGAGGAGGAGAGGCCUUUUGAGAAAUUGCUCCACUGAGGUACUCCAUACCCAUUUGCUGGGGAGUAAGACUUACUGAACUUUGCAGUACUUAACUUCUGAACACACUUGCAUAAGUCUGUGCUGUUGCUGUGAGCUUAGGAUAAUGGAGAUUUCGCAUCUGCUAGGGAAGCUUGUGCUGGGAGAGCCUGAAGGAAGUGCUACCUUAGAUGCACCAAACCAGGCCUUAGAAGAGGUGGCAUAAAAGUGAGGGAUGUGUCAGAAGGACUUUGCUUGAAGAAGCUCCUCUAGAGGAAGGAUGGGGAAAUGGUGACUCUCCAGAUGUUGCUGGACUGCAACUCCCUUUGGACCCAGCCAGUCACACAUCAUUGCUUCUCCACUGCUGCUCCAGAGAGUUUGGUCUGAAAUGGAGGAGAAAAUGGAAAAAUGGAACAAAUCUAACGGGACUGCCAGUGCUGAAUUCUAAUGGGGCUUUCUCAAAGUGGAACUCUGUAGGGUUGGCUUUCUAGCUCACUAAGCUGCAGGAAAGUACUGAAUUUGAAAACACGUCGGCAAGUAUCAAAGUGUAUGGAAGUUAUUUUCUUGCAAUUAGAAUCUGAAGAGUUUAGCACAGCAUUCUAAAUCUUUUGGGGGCAUAAACACCAACCCUGAAUGCUCCGCCCCAAAAUCAGUUUUCCAGAUGCAGUGCUGUCGUUCUCUAUUUUGAAAAAUGUGACUUUCAACCUUACUUUGGUGCUGUGUUUCCUAGAAUGAACAGAAUAGGAAUUAAUAUUUGGCAACUUUUCAAACACAGCAACUCCAGGUCAACAUGUUGUUGUUGUUUUUCUAUCACUAAAUAUAAUGCUAUAUUCCGCCUGAUUUUCUGAAUGAAUGAGUACAUCAGUCAAAGGUAUGGAACUACAUAUCACAUUCACAAGAGGCUUCUGAAAAGAUUAGCAGAAGCUAUGCAAAAUCACAAGAAAAUAAGCAUGUGACUAUAGCUAAAUAUAAUGAAGUGGCCAUGAAUGUGAAAUUAAAAAAAAUAACCACUAAAAUGCCACACAGCUGAACCCACAUUUAGCUGGGAUGAAGGGUCUUUCCCCUUAGUUCUCAACCUCCUCUAAAAAGUCAAUGCCCCCUCUGAAAAUUCACCCCCCAUUUCAAUCCAUAUGCUUGUAGACUCUCAUAAGCAACAUUAGGGUGCGUGAUUUUAGGGGGUUAAACUUAAUUUCUGCAAAUUUCGGGGGGGGGGGUCCUUAAAAAUAUGGUUUUGUGUAUGAGGAAUUCAAAUCUACUAUUUUUGUGAUCGGGCAACAUUUAGCUUGUUAAGUCUACAUUUGAUGAAGAAGCACAUAAACUGCUUUUGGAAAACCAAAUAAUUUUAAUUUUACCUUAUACAAAUAUUAGGUAAUGCUUAAUAAUAAUAAAUAUUGUAUAAUAGUAUUGAUAUUAAUAUUACUACUUGGCAAUCAUUUUAAUGAUUUUUACGCAAUUUUACAUGCAUUUACUUACCAAGCAGAACUAAAUUAUAUUAAUUUAACCAAAAUAUGUUUUGAAUUCCCAAGUCAUGUUACAACUUUUUAGCAUCUCCACCUGAAACUUGAAAAAUUCAACAUGCCCUGCUAAGACAUGGGGGAUUGUGAGGAUUAAGAAGAAAGGGAUGUUGUUGUGGAGGAGCAUCUUUUCCUUCAAACAGGCAGUGAAUGAUGAUGGUACACUGGUCCCCUUCUGGCAUGGAGAAGAGCAGUUGUGCUGCUGGGCAGUCAGGGCUUUGAAAGAGAACACCUAUAAAGUGUUAACGAAUUACAAAGAUUUUCACAAGUACUAAGGAAACCACCUGGUAUAAUUAAGAAUGGGAAUGAUAAAAUGCCUGGCUAUGUAGCACAUUUAACAAGUCGCUACCACAAAAGCAGAUUGGAUGUCUGAUCAGCAGAAAACUUGCCCAAAACUUCAGAGAAGGCAUCUGUCAUUAAGGCAGAAUGCAAGGUGAGGAAAUAAUGUUGUCUUGGUAUAAAAACACAUACUAUGAAGGAUGAAUCUGGAACAAGUAAUGCAGGGGCAUCCUUUAAAUAGAAUGAAAAUUAAAGCAGAUGAAGUUGACGCAACCUUAAAUUUACAAAACUUAACAAGAAAUAAGUUUAGCUUAAAAAACCUUAGUUUAUAGGAAAUUAAGAUCAAAUUUCACCAUGCCAUGGGUAAAAGCUGAAUUCUCCAAUAUUUAAGUUUGUGGUAUCAGAAGCCCCCCCCCUCUGUGUGUGUGUGUGUGUGUGUGUGUGUGUGUGUACGCCUAAGAUUAAACACCUAUUCAGCUGCAUUAAACUAUGAGAGUGUGCAUGUUGUGAUGCAGGAGGUGCUGCCUUUGUUUCUGGCAUGCUUGACAAUGAGAGAAACAAUGAAUUGCUUCUGAGUGAGGUGCUAAGAAUAACACCUGUGUGGCUGCAACUUUAGCAUAUGGUUUAGGGUCCUGAGAAGAGGAGAAAGGCAGUAAGGGAAAAAGACUGUGUCUUCCUUAGAGGCUGAACAGCAUUUCCUCCUUGAGCAUGUAAUUCAGCUAGAAACUCGUAAUAUCACACCCAAAUAUGUGUGUGUAACUGCUUCUGAAAGAACCGGCGUGUCUGAUACUCGUAUUUCCAUGUAUUUGCUGCUUCCUCCCACUUUGUGUGCAAAUGUCCUGCACACAUGCCCUCCCUGUGCUGCAGCCUGGACAGGCAGGGGUUAAUCCCCAGGCCUCGGCAGGUGGGCGGGGUUCCAAAGCUGUCAUCCUCCAUGGAAGGCAGCACGAGCAGAGGAGCUCAGCUGAGCAGAAUGAGAGGAGGCCGAGACACAGCCCCUUCUCCUUGACAGGGCUGGGCUCCCCAGCACAUGGGCUACUAGCGCACUGAUGGUGUGUCACAGGGCUUACUUUGACAGUGGGCAGAAAGAGCUGGGCGGCAGCCUGGGGUAAGUCUCUCCCCCUCCUCUCCCUCUCUCACCCUGUGUAUUAUGUUUGCAAAGGGGAAUUCUCUGCUCCUGUUUGGCUCCCUGUCUUGUGUGCUGCUUGGUCCCUCAUGGCUGCAUUUGGUGCCAUGUGCCACUGCCUUUUCCAUGGUGAACACCAUGUGCCUGGCCUUUCUGUCAUAGCCAUGCCUGGUGCUGCACUCCUUUCUGCCCCGUCCACUAGCAUGCUGUGCUUCCCCUGCCUGCCCGUUUUCUGGCUCCCCAGCAGAUUAUUCCAGGCAUGGAGGGGAGGGGGAAGGCACUGUGUGUUGCUGCUCCUGCCUUCCUUUGGGCCCAUGUUUAUGCGCGGACUGGAUUUUCCCAAAGUGUCUGCAGGAGAGGAGGGAAGAGAGAGCUUUCACCAGGGUGGGAAUGUCAUAUUUCUGCUCCAGGGCUGUUUAAGUCAAGGGCCCCUAACUGAAAGGUGUACAGAAGUGGCUGAUAUUGGGUGGGGGUAGAUGCCACCACCAUCAUCCUCAUCAUGGGCUGCCGUUGCCCUGCUCAGAGAGUAGAUAAGCACUAAGAAAGGGGAAAGGCUGCUUAGAGUGGUGGCUGUCAAUGUUGGCAGCCAGCCAAAUGUGUGAAUUGGUGGGUGGGCAUUAAGAGCCCAAGGGGCAAAGAGCUUGUGGGUCAAGCAGCUGUUGGGCCUGGAAAAAUGAAGAAAUUAGAAGCUCAAGCUAGGGUGAGGAGGGGAGGAAGAGGGGGAGUUGGCCCUGAAAGAGCACACAAAUGAGAAGGAUAGAAGUAACCCACUAACAUCCUUACCUUAGAAUAAUGUUAGUGUGAUUCUCCUUUCUGUUUCGACACAUCCACCUGUAUAUGCUUUGGUAGGGGGUGUAGAGGACAGCACUGUCUCUGGGAGUUGAGUAGGACUCCCAUUGGGGCUGACAUAUAGGGCAGGGGGUUCCUUCAAGCUAGGGUUUCCCGUUCUUGCAGACCAAAGCUCUCUUCAGACUGAGCUCAGAUGCAUUUGACCCACAGGUGGGGUAGAACUGCACUCUUACUUGCAACCCAGACAAGAGCAUUGGAUGAAAGCAAAGCAGGCCAUUUCAUAAAAUAUAUAAAAUAAACACAAUUCACACUAAAAGCAUGUUUUGAGAAUUUUGCACCAGUCUUUGCUUGUUUUCCUCUUCUCCAUCCCGCUCCCCCUUCUCUUCUUUCCUUUUGCACCAUGCCUUUUUAGACUGUAAGCCGGAUGGCAGGCAGGGACUGUGUUGCUUUUAUUGAUUUGUAAGUCACUCUGGGAACAUUUCCAGCCAAAGAAUGGGUUACAAAUGCUUUGAAUGAAUUGUUAAAAAAUGUUUUUCUUUUUGAUAGCUUCAGGUGUUGGAGCUCCUAUUGCUUGGUCUUCUGGGAAGAGAGUAAGUGGUAGGGGUUAGAGCAGUCAGGGAUUGUGCUGAUGGGUGAUUCUCUGGAUAAAUUGUUGCUCAUUGGGGAGUUCUGCCUUCCUACCUGCAAGACCCAUCCAGCUGAUUGGAAGUCAUUUACUCAGGUAUUUUGCUUGGACUAAGCCCAGAGUGCCUUUGCUUAUUAGUGUUUCUCUGUACUUAUGGAGGCACAUAAAUAGACACACACCCCAGCCCCUCCUUCAGAACAUAUUCUCCUAAUUACCAGCCCCACUGUUUAUCUGUAGCACUGACAUAGCUGGAGUUGGGACUCAGGUCAAUUGACCAGUCAGAUACCAGUCAAUUGACUGCCUAUUAUUUGACUGUGGUCAAAUGAUCUAUGAAAUAAAGAAGGCCCAUGUGAAUGUGGCAGUCAGCUGCUUUAUUGCAUCUUGAUAGCAAUAGCAGGAACAAGGGUCGCUUACACACUUCCCCUUCCCCAUUAAUCCAAAAGGCUUAGCCUUUUCCAUUGACAAAACCAACUGCUGGCAUCUUUGAACAGGGACAUACAGAGUUCAGGAGGAAACGUGAAGCCAAUAAUGCAGAAAGGAGGCAUGGGCCAGUGGAGGGUGUGUGUGGAGAACACAUUGGUAUUUGUAGUAUAUCACCUCUGUGAGUUUUUGCCUGUUUACAAGACCACAACGAUGCCUCUUCUUGCCAUCCAUCUUGCUAAUGCAACCUUUUAUGAGAAACCUGUUUCUGUAACCAAAGAGCCAGGGUUUGGAUGGCUCCGCUGGAGUCAUUGCAGGGGCAGGGGCCUAGAAUUGCCAACUCAACAGGAUAUGACAUAGGAGAGCCAGCUGCACUUGUGGCAGACUACAUGCGCUGUGAUUCAGAAUGCCUGCGCACCAAAGAGGACCAUGGAGAUGCUGGAUAUCGUUCAGCGGGGUGCACUCAGCUUGUUUACUCCUUGGUCUCUUGGAUUUCAUGCAGACCAGUUGUCCUCCCUAGAAUGUCGCCUGCACUUCCCCCUCUCAUGUAGUUAUUCAACGAUCAGCCUUAUCAUCUAGUCUGGUGGGGGAGGAGCAAGGUGAAGCCACUGGUUUCAGUCAGUAAAGCAUGAAACUCGUAAUCUCAGGGUUGUGGGUUUGAGCCCCAUAUUGGGCAAAAGAGAUUCCUUCAAUGCAGGGGGUUAGACUAGAUAACCCUCAUGGUCCUUUCCAACUCCACAAUUCUAUGAAAACAUUGUGUGGGACGCUACAUUUCAGUCUCCAGGCAAAGAGGCAUUUCUUCCCCAAAGGAUAGGUGCUUGGGGGGGGGUGUGCACUUUUCCAUUCACAAAAUGAAGAGCAGACCUCUGGGAGUGAAUUCAGCACAUAUUUAGGGGCUCCCAGCCUUAGGUGCUGGGUUCUUUUGGAAACAAGAUUAUGACGAGUACCCAGGAGUAAGGUCCACCGGCACACCGACUGUACUUGCUAUUGGAAAGAGGGGCCCUCUGUGAGAUCUUCUGCUUUGUUUUUGUUAAGCUUCUGAGGAGAGCACAGUAGUUUUGGAAAUUGGUAUAUUUCUUUCCACCCCAGUUAGUGCCAUUCUAUUAAUGCAUUACGUAAUUACUUAGUUGAAUGCUGAAUUUCAGCUUUAAGCCUCCCAGAGCUCCUGCUCUGGGCCCACCUGCCCUGCCUGCUGGAAGGGGGGAGGCACUGCCUCUUUAAGAGCUGCCUCCUUUGUAUGCUGCGGCUGCAGUAUCUUGGCUUUGGGCUCCUGCCCUCGUGUCCAACUGCAAAGCAAUGAAAAGGCACUUCCCUUGUUCUGGCUUCUCUGUUCCAGCAGCCACACAAUGGAGCCUUGUUGUGUCAGGAACUCUGAUCUCUUUGAAAUAGCCCUCAAAGCUAGAGCCUGGCUCCCCACCCCGGCUACAGGUCUGUGCUCCCUGUUGAGGACAGGGACCCUGCUGCUCUCCACACACCCUCCAUAAGGCAAGGGAGCACCACCACGUUCUGCCCCUGACUGUCUGGGUACACGUUCCCCACUGGGCAACUGCAGUGGUAUGGCCAGGAUGGUAGAACCUGCCUUCUGUUCCUCUGUUGACCUCUGGGCUUGGUCCUGCCUCUCCCCAUCUCAAAGCAGCUGAAUCAGCAAUGCUUCCAGCAGGGUCAAACUGAGACACUCCCCCUGCCUGCAGAGACUAGAAUGUGAUGCCUGGAGCAUUGCUUGAAUUCCUCCAGCGGUAUUUGGGAAAUGUCUGUCUCAUGCUGCGAGCUGCAGAUGUGAGAAUCCACUGUAUGUUAUACCGCACAGAUGCAGGACAGAGUUCUGGGGUGCAUCAUUACCUUCAUGUGCUGUGUCCUGCCUCUCUUUCUGGGGUUCUCAACAGGAGUCGUGCCUUUUUGCUAGGAAGCCACAGCCAACGUGGCCGCCUUAAGUGCUUCUGUUUUUGUUUGGGCUCACACAUGAGAAAGGAGGAGCUGGCCUGUGGUCUGAGGCCUGCAGCUUCAAGUCACCUUUGUGCAGUGCUCUGCAUGUAUCCUAGCACUGUUUCGGAGGGGUUGUUUGGACAGUGGCAAAAACAGAUGUAGCCUUGAAUGACUGCAGUGGGUUUCUCUUGGAAGUAUGACAUUGCUGUGUAUGUAUGACGGCAAAUUUCCCCCCUGUUGCCUGAUGCUUGUGGCAGCACACCUGCAUCCUUAAUUCACUCUGGAGGAUCAAGAUUGCCUUAGAUCCUUCCUUGUGGUGGUGAUUGUGGUGCUUAAUAGGAGAAGCCUUGGGAAGAAUUUAACAUAGCAUUCAGUGAUGUAUGCGUAAGUGGAACAAGGUCCAUUGCUGCAAUGGGACUUUUCCACCCAUUCCUCCCCAAACCUGUUCAUGUGUUGCAGGCAGAGGAGAGGGGAGGAAGUCCUAUAGGAGAAGAUCUUGCCUUUCAUGUCAUUGGCAAUAAACAGCCCGGUUUGGGUAGCUUAGCUUUCCAAAAAAGUUUGCUUAAGCAUCGAUUCCGGAAUCUUGAGACUGGGUUGUAGGUUGGCAAAAUUCAGUGUGUGAGAGACAUCUGUGCCUUUUUUUUAAUGGCUACCUAGAAGGAAGAGUUUCUGGUUUGCACAUAAUGCUAAGCUAUGGUUUGCUUAACAAACCACAUGUUAACCAGAGGUUGCCCCACAGAGAAUCAAACUAACCAUGGCUUGUUACUCUAUGGUCAGUUUUGUUUUCCAGCUGUUCUUGCCUCCUUUCUUUGUAGCUUCAUCAGUGUCUAGGGUGGGCUGGCCAAGCAAACCGCAGUUAAGGAAGGGUGCUGGGUUCACAUGUAACACCAAGCCAUAUUUAAAAUAAACCAGACUUCAUAAGCCAAUGACAAACCAUGGCUUUCCAUGUUUCAGAAUGUUGCUUCUAUCUUGUGAGUCCUGCAGUUGCCUUGACCUUCACGGUGACCUUUCUUUUUGUAUGUUUCUGUGGCUUUCCCUUCCCAGAAAUAAUGUCUUCCUCUCUGUUGUUCAAAGGAGAAUCUAAUUGCGUUCAAUGGAGCUUUGACAGCUAGUGAUCGAACACAGGUCUCUCUAACCUAAUAUGCAGAAGUCAGUGCAGCAAUUCUGUGCUUGGUGAUUUUGGAGUGGAGUGGGAAAGAAAUGAUUUGUGGGAAGUUGAUGCUACUCACUAUUGAAGCAAAGUAGUUUCUGGCUUGUCUGACUGCUAUGCCUGUUACCAAAAGGAUCCAUCUCGAUCUAGCAUUCUGUGUCUAACACUAUCCAGUCAGAAGCUUCUGGGAAAUGCACAAGCAAGGCCUCAUGUAAUACGCAUAGCUUGUUUGCUCCCAGAAACCAACAGAUACACACUGUCUCUAACAAUGGUGGCCCCAUUGGCUUGUCAUAGCAAAUAUUGGUUUGCUGUUCCAGUCUCAUAUAUUGGACUAUUUCUCCCCUCCAAAAAACCAGCACCACCAUCAACCCAUAUCGGCAAGUGGUCAUCACACAUAAUGUGCUGAUGAAUGCCAUAUAGUGGAAUCAACAGUGGAAUGAAAAAAAUGUGUACGCUGGGUCAUAUGUUGCGUACCCCAAGGGUUUAUUGCAUAUUCUGGUUACAGCAAGCAGUUCUGGGUGAAGUUGUGACUGCUGCAUCAGUCUCCCUGGCCUGCCAGGAGCACAUCAUAUCCUUGUUGAGAUCCACCCAUUGUAAGCAACUCUCUCUUUGUUUCUUUACCCUGGCAGUGCCCAGCGACCUGACCCCUGAGGAGCGUCAAGAACUCGAGAACAUCCGCCGACGCAAGCAGGAGCUGCUGGCAGAUAUACAGGUAUGUGGGGGAUAGGGGUGUGGGGUGCAGGAGGGCAUGCUGAAGGUCCCAGGUUCAGUCUCUGGCAUCUGCAGGCAGGGCUGCAAAAUUCCCUGCCGGUCAGUAUAGACAGUAUUGGAAUUUGAUGGACCAGUGGUUUUGACUGGGUCUAACGCGGCUUCUUAAGAUGUGAUCAAGUAAUUGCUGGAUUAAUGGGGUUUGUUUGUAUGGCACAAGACUGACACAAUACUUCCCACCAGGUCCCAUUCCAAGGAAGGGUUGGUGGCUGUUUUGUAGCUUCCAGACUUGGUGCCUCUGUGUGUCCUGGCUUUCCCUCCUUCACCUCCUCUCUUUUGGGGCUUAACUGUUUUCAGUGCCGUGACUUUGCCCUGGAAAUGUGACACACACACAAAAAUAGAAUGCCUUUGAGCACAUGUAGACUUGCUUUACCUUGAUCCUGAGUAGCCACAGUGGAAACUCCCCCCCCCCUCCCCAACACACACACCUUGGGUUAGCAGCAAGUGGUUCUUUGUGGACACGAAACCUUUGGCAUUUCUUUCUUUGGAUAUUAAGUGCAUGGCUAUUCCUGCUCCUGUUUCCCCAGAGGAUUCUGUGCACAGCAGCCCUGAGGCUCUGCACAGCAGGUGUCUUGGGCAAACGUCACUGCAGAUCAGCAGCCAGGCACAGUUCUGGCCACCCCAGCAGGGGUUGGGGGGGUGAGAAAUGGCUGGGGCUGGGGUCUGAUUACCCAGUGCAGCUUCCAUGUCGAAGGAUCAAGUUGGUGGGGAGGGGCAUCUCCACCCGCCUUUAGCCUUGACCUGUCAGGUUGAUGUACCUUAUGGACAUGACAAGCUAGAAGGUGGGUUACGGAUAUAGGAUUCUCUGUCGACCAGCCCCACCUCCCAGUCAAACCUGUUCCAUCUUUCCCAUAUAAGGAAAGAUGCUGUAACUAGCCAAUAUUGGUGCAGACCUUUAAGAAGAUGGGGGUACGCCUUCCAAAGUGAUGCCGGGAGAACUUCCCCUUCCCUGCGUCCCACUCCUUCCGUGCCCUCAGAGGCAGUAAGUCUCACCCUCCCCUUGGCUCUGACAUGGGCUGCCUGUUCCUGUGGCAACUUGCUCACGGGUGCUGGGCUUGGCAGGGCUGCUCAUCAGUCCUAUCAGCAAUAAAUAAGGCAGUAGGAGAGGCUAAUCACUGCCAUAUGCUGGACACUUCCUAAUGAGAUUAGCCCAGUAAUUGUGUUAGCCCCAGGGGCUUGCUCUUCUUCCUUCCUUCCUAGAGCUCAGCAUGCUGAUGCCUCCCACAGAUUGGCAUCCAUAGCCCAGCCUGCCUCUGAGCCAAGACAGGCAGACAGGCAGGCUUCUCUCUGGUCUUCAUUUCCCAGGGCAGUGGGUGCCUGCAGCUGGCUUCAGCUAUAUCUGAUGAGUCUCUGAAGAAGGGAACAGGGUUUCCCCUUACGCAGGAAGGGAGAGGUUCUGUUGUUGAACCCUGCUUCCUGAGUCUCCUUAAGCCUCUACCUUGCAGGCUCCUGGAUUUUUGCGGAGAAGUCAACUUGGCAAGUCUUUCCUCUGCUCUCUAUGCAUUACUUCUCCCUCUGCCCAACCCAACUGAUCCUCAAACCUAGAUUAAUGAGCAUGGGGAAAGGCAUAAGAGGACAGAAAAAGCUGGAGUAAUAAUUCCAAGGUGUUCUUUUUUUAAAAAAAGUUCCCCCCAAGAGCCCCACUUGAUGGUGUGCUCAUUCCCCUGCCUUUCUUCUCCUCUGCAGCGUCUGAAAGAUGAGAUAGCAGAGGUCACUAAUGAAAUCGAGAACCUGGGCUCUACAGAAGAGAGGUGAGUGGUGCUUCUGCUGGAGGAAUGGGGAAGGUGAUAUUUUGGGGGGCUUUCUCAGAAUAGAAAUAGGGAGAAAUAAAGUAAGCAGAAACCUGCACAGCAGAGCUGGCAUGAAUUCUAACAUUAAUGGAUAUUCAGGGUCAAAUCGGCCCACUGAAAACAGAAGACAACCCCUUCUACCAGGAGCAAUACUUGAACGUCAGUCCAGAUAACGUUGCACAUUUCAUGCUGUGGAUGAAACAAUAUCUAAAGGCAAACAAGAGUUUAAACUUGAAGAAUAACCCCAAAGACUUAUCGGAGACCCAUUCAUAUGCCCAGUAAAAAUAGAUUUCCCUAUUUUGCUGACUUCAGUUGUCUGAGGAAUGGGAUUCCCUUGGUCUGGAUUCCAUCACACUUGUGUUGAGAAUUGACAUUUUAAUCCUAUUUACAUUUGAGGCCUAUAUGCUGAGCCUCUAGCCUGUCAAAAAAAAAGAUCAUACUAAUCUAUUGAGAAGAAUGGGGUGACAGUGGUGUGUGUGUGUGUGUGUGUGUGUGUGUGUGUGUGUGUAUGUGUUCUGGCUGGCUGGCUGUAAUGUUCAGUCUCUUUAAGUAACCAUGUGGAACGAAAAGCUCCCAGGCUGUUUUGUCAUCAGGGAUCUCUGGCCUGGUCUGUUCCGCUAAAGGCUCUAGGUUUUGUCUUGGCCAGAGUCGUCCCUCCCACCCCCCAAAAAACCCCUUUUCUAGGACUGGUCUUGCUUCCCCAUCUGGCAGCAGGUUCCCUGUCUCAGGCAGUUAACUCUGAACUGAGGCAGAUGGAGUCACCAACAGAUUAGGCGGCCCAAAUUGUCAAUGGAAACUGACAUGUGACGUCUCUUUCAAUCACUCAGUGUGGCUUCCUUUGCCCAUCCCUGGGGACGCCAGGCCCUUGUCAUGUAGGGCAUCCCAGGAGGCUUCCUCCUCCUCUUUCAUAGUAUAUGGUCUCGAGAUCAGUCUGCUGGUAUGCCAGUUCCCUGCUGUAGUCUCCAUUUUAGUGCUGGGAAGACAUCCAAGUUCCACCAAAACUUAGCUGGAGUGGUGAGAGGUCUUCAUUAUUUCGUGGGGUAGAGAAUGUAUUUCCUUGUGUUUAGAAACUUAGGCUUGCCGCUAGUAGGGGAGGGGUUUGUGCAUGUGCGAUGCACCCUGUCCGAUAGGGGAAUGGAAAGUGCCUCAUUGCCUAGCCUGCCUAUGACUAAGAUGUAGGGAGGUGGAGCACUGAUGAAGUGGCACAGCCCCAUGCUGCUCCUUGGUGGGGGUGUCUCUAACCCAAAUCUUUUGUGCCUUCUAGGAAAACCAUGCAGAGGAACAAGCAGGUGGCGAUGGGCAGGAAGAAGUUCAACAUGGACCCUAAGAAGGUAAUCAACACUUCCUUACUAUGGAGCUGGCAACGGUGUUGUCCAGGGACCACCACAAGGUCCCUCAUUGCAGGCAAACUGGCUACUGACUUGUGGACUUGGCAUGGUGUUGGGAUACUCAGGUCUCAGGGUGACUGAUCCUGGCUAAUGGUUAGAAAUGCCCAAACAGACACAUGUGCUCCUAGGGAAGGUGGAGCUAGUUGCGGGCCAGUAAGCCACUGGUGCAAAUCUCACAUCAGCCACGAAACCCAUUAAAUGGUCUUAGGCAAGCCACUAUUUUUUUAACCACAGGCUCCCUCACCUGCAAAUACAGCCUGCCUUUAGGGCUAUUGUAGGCACUACUAAGAAGGUUUGCAUGAGACACAGCUUGACCAUUUCAAAUCUACUAUCUGCAUUCUGUGCAUUAUUGGAGGUGUUUUGGGUUCCUGUACCUGUGUGUCCUGUGCAGGGGCAAAUGCAGAGAGACACCCUCUUCUUUCUGUGCUUGCAGGGAAUCCAGUUCCUGAUAGAGAACGACCUCUUGAAGAACACCCGCGAUGAUAUUGCCCAGUUCCUCUACAAAGGGGAAGGGCUCAACAAGACAGCCAUUGGCGACUACUUGGGUGAAAGGUAAUGGGAGAAGGGAGCUCUGGGGCUUGGUCUUCCUUUAUAGCCACUACCAUAAUGGACUUUGGUUCCUAUCUCUCAUGGGCAUUCAAGAAAUGGGAAAAGAACUUGGGAUCCCAAGAGAUCUCUUGCCAGUGCUCCAUUGUUUCGAGUUUCCCAUGUGGACUGGCUGAACCGGAGUUCAUAGUCAGGACCUUGUUAGCAUCCUUGGCUAAUUGGAGGGCUUCUGUACCCUGAACCAAGCUUUGCUUACCAAGUUGCGGGGGACAGCUGAGGAAUGCCAACUGAAAUUGUGAAUAUUUAAACUGUGUGGGACUUCAGGAUCGUUCUCGCUGCAGCUGGCCAGUACUGGGUACUUCAGCACUGCAUAACACCUAAAGCCUUGAAAUAACUUGCCUGUGCUCUGAAGCUUCUUGGAAGACUUCUGGUAACUUCUUAAGAAUAGACACCAGGCCAUCUUAAAGGCCCAGAACUGACAGAUUGAAAACUGAAUAUUUUGCAUUCAUGCAGAAGGUCCAGCUCCUGGCAUCUCCAGGUAUAAUGAUCCAGGAUUGGGUAGCAAUUAAAAUGAUGAGGGAUUGGGUAGCAAGUCACGACAGAGAACCUUCUCUACAUGUAUUUCCCUGGAGAAAGACUGCCUGUCAGAAUAGACCAGCGGUUCCCAAACUCUGGUGCAUAGGCCACCAGAGGUCCACAAACUUCAUCCAGGUGUGUCUGUGGAUUUGUAGUUAAAGAUGGGAGGUGGCAACUCCAUGGCAUCAAACAUUCAUAAUUGAUUUUUAAUUGCAUUUUUAGUGCUUCCUCUAUUCCUUACAUUGUGUUUCGAUUUUAAUUCUGUGGACACAAUAAAAUACAAUAUAUAAGAAAUGAAAGGAGUAAUAAAAUACAAUUAAAAACCAUACCGUGUCUAGCAUGGCACAUUGCAACAGCCAGAAAAAUCAUUAAGCGGUCUGCCCAGACCAUCCAGUAGUCCAUGCUGGGGUGGGGAAAUGUGGGAACCACUGGAACAGACCAUAUUGGACUAGAUGGCGAGAGAGUCCCACCUGGGAUAAGGCAGCUUCCAGGCCAGGCCAAGAGGAGAGCCCAGUUCUUGGCAGCAGCAGUGGUUUGGCAGCUGUAUGGGAAUGGUGAGUUUGGUCGCUCUCACAUGUUCCCCUAUUCUUUUGCCUCCUCACAGAGAUGAUUUCAAUAUCCAGGUGUUGCACUCAUUCGUGGAGCUGCAUGAGUUUACAGACCUCAACCUUGUCCAGGCACUGCGGUGAGUGGCAGCAGGAUGUUUGUGAGUGAAUCAGAGGUGUGUCCUUUUUCUCUUUUCCUGCACAGAAAAGGCAAGAAGAGGACAUGUGUGGGCUUUGGGGCUCCCUAGGAAAGAGCAGUGGUUUGCAGUCCACGCACACAGAGGGAAAUAUGUGACUUGGAAGUCUCUGGCACAUCACACAGCCCUUCUACCAAGGAAUGUUACUUCUCUGGCAGCUUUGCUCACAGUCCUACUCAGCUUAGCUGACUAUGUGCUCGUUUUCCCCACAGGCAGUUCCUUUGGAGCUUCCGGUUGCCGGGCGAAGCACAAAAGAUUGAUCGGAUGAUGGAAGCCUUUGCACAACGGUACUGUCAAUGCAACCCGGGUGUCUUCCAGUCAACAGGUACGCACGAAUUGACAUGCUGAACUCUGCAGGCAGCUAGGGUUUGGGAUGCAGUUUUUCCUGGAGCAUCCUCAGAGAGUUCACAGUUGGGUGCCUUCUGGCUCCCACUGCCAGAUUUUCAGGCUUUGUUGCUUGGGAGUGGAGAAGGGCUGGCCAUUGGGCCGCACAAAGUUCUGUCCCAUAGUUAAAAGUGUGGAUUUUGCUCCCACAAGAUGGAGAAAUGGCCACCAACUUGGGAUGGCUUGGAAAGACCCAGUUCACGGGUAUAAGGCUAUCAGUGGCUACUAGCCGUGGUGGCUAUGUUCUCUUUCCACUGUCAGAGGCAGAAUGCCUCUGAAAAGUAGUUCCUGGGAAUCACAAGUGGGGAGAGGGCUUUUGAGCUUGUGUUUUGCUUGUGGGCAUUCUGUAGGCAUUUGGUUGACUACUCUGAGAACAGGAUGCUGGACUAGAUGGGCCUUUGGUCUGAUCCAACAGGGCUCCCUGCCGAGCCACCCACCCACCCCAAGAUAGCAAACAACCCAACACAGAGCAUGCAUCCUGGGACUUGGUGACACUUCCUAGGCUACCCAAUUGUCUGAGUUUGUGCCUUGGUAAUGGAUGGAGCCCAAAGGGCAGCCCAUUCUGUGCUUGAUCCAUCCUUCACACCUUUCUCCACCCCAGAUACCUGUUAUGUGCUCUCGUUUGCCAUCAUCAUGCUCAACACCAGUCUUCAUAAUCCCAACGUUAAGGACAAGCCGACAGUGGAGCGCUUCAUUGCCAUGAAUCGUGGCAUCAAUGAUGGCGGGGACCUGCCCGAGGAGCUACUUAGGGUGAGCUUUGUGGGAAGGGAGUGGAAGUAGUGUUUGGAAAUCACAGGACUGCGAUAAGGGACAUGGGGGUGGCAGGUCAUCGAAAUAUUGGAAGUUGCCUUUGUACCUGGUCGUAUUUGUCCAUCUAACCCACUAUUGUCCUGUUGCGUCUUAUCUGGUUGACAGAGACUCUCUCCUCGGCCUCAGGCAGAGAUCUUUCACAUUGCCUGCUACCCGUUACUUUUUUGCAUGUUAGAUGUGGAGGAUUUCACCCGGCACCUUCUGCAUGCAAACGCUGGUCCCUUCCCAGGUUGGCUAUUCCUCCUGGGAAGCAGGAGUUGGACUUGCACAGGCCCCCAAUGCGUUUCUCUUCCUCCUACCAGAAUCUGUACGAGAGCAUUAAAAACGAGCCCUUCAAAAUUCCCGAGGAUGAUGGCAAUGACCUGACGCACACUUUCUUCAACCCAGACCGUGAAGGCUGGCUUCUGAAGCUCGGUGAGUGCAUCUGCGCAAGGUGCAAGGCCUCAGCCAUGCGGAGCGGUGCAGCUGUCGCCAUGGCAUAGGCUGCAGGGAGCAGGGAGCUCGGCUGCAGUCUGGUGACUUCUUCGUUUUUGUUUUUUUUGCAUGGGGCUCGGUGGCCACAAUCCAGCACAACACAUACCCAUUGCCGAACUCAGGAUGCUUUCCUAAUCAUCCAUGCUUCAGCAGGAUGUCCAGCAAGGGCAGUCUUGGUUGCAGUGCUCAGCGUCCCCUAAUGGCUCUCUUAACUUGGGCACAGCCGUCUGGUUUCGGUGAUUUGGUGGGUUGGGGUGCUUAUGACAGUGAGGAAGACACAUUGGUUUCCUGGGCCCCAGGAACAGCAGAUAAACUUGGGCUUUCUCUCCCUGGCUCCAAUAUUCUUAACCACAGUGGACUAAGCAUUAGCCCAAGACUUGUCUGUGGUUCUGUGCUUCUCACCUGACAUUGGAGGCUAGUCUCUGGCAUCACCUCCCACAACCCCGCUGUGUGCGCACCGGCAGUGCAUGCAUGGCACCUGCAAGGCAUCCACCAGCCCACCAGCCUUUCCCUGCGCAGCCCUUGACCAUCUUUCUCCUGCUCACUCAGAAUGUUUCAGUUGUCUUGCCAGGUUAUGGCUGGAGCAGCUCCCUGGCUGGUUGGUUUCUCCCAUUUCUCUCCCCACCACCUUUAGGGCUGUUUAAAUCUCUUGGAAUCUGCAAAUCAAAUUUGAAAGCACAAAUCCUCUGAAUAUUCAAAUUUGCAAUCACUGAAUCUUUAAUGAAAUAUGGCUAAUGGAAUUAUUCAUCUAUGUUUGAAUGUGUAACCAUCCUCUUUUUGCUUGGAGCAUUUUAUGAAAUAAAAUGGAAACAGAUGCUUUUGAUUCCAAGGGAUUGAGGGAGGAUGCACACACUCGAGAUAUUCCUGGGGAAUGAUGUCUGAGCUGAGACUCAGUGCUGAGUCUGAACAACACACCUUUUAAAUCGUGCCCUUUCUUUUCCUUUCAACCAAAGCCAUGCAACAAAAUGACAAAGGAUUGAUAGAUAUUGUUAUUUAGAACACACGUUUUAAUUAUUUUAAAAUAAGAGGUUGCAUUGCAUGGCAGUGGAGACAGCAAUGAGGCUUGCUCACAAAGCAGACUUAAGGACAGGCUGCUAGGUGCACCGUUACGGACAUGGAUAUAACUUGAGAAUAUUUUACAGUUUACCAUUUUAGACCUGCACGUAAGCAGCAAAUAUAUGGUUGCUUGAAAACACAGUUGUAUAUUACAGUUGUGAUUGUAGCAAAACAUAAAUUUUGUUUGCUGUGAAGUUUCCAUUCUUUGUUAGCUAUGUUUAGAAAAGAUACGUGAUCCUGAAGUUCAGCCAGAAGAGGAAGCCUAAGAGAUAGUUUCAUUUCGGACUUGGGAAGGAUGUUUUCUGGCAAAAACUCCACAAUUUUCUUCCCUACAGCCAUAACUUCUUCCCUAACUCCAGAUCCACCCAAUGGAUAAACAAAUGAAGACACAGAAAAGACACAGGACAAACACAGGAUAACAUACACCAUAGCUGGCUUAUAGUUAAAUAAGCCUUGAUUGAAACUCAUGAUCAAAUCCUUUUUUCUAUUUGUUUCAAACUCCAGCCCUCUUGUGUCUCAGUUCAGGAAGCAUUCACCAGAUCUAUGUUGGUGUGUGUAUCUGUGUCAGGUGCAAAGGUGGGGUGUGUGGGUUUGUUUGUUUUUAACACUGGAUUUUAAAAAUUGUGACUAAAAAACUGCAGGUACUAAUGCAAAGAGUGCAGACAUUGCAAUGAGAACUCAGUUCAGCAUGGCCUUUUCCAACUUUGGGAAUUUCUCCUGUGGCUAGCUUUCUCAGAGGCAGUAGAAAGAACUGGCCUGAAUCCUUUUCUUCGCAGAUAAGUGAGCUUUUCUGCCUGAACGGGGAUGUUUGAAUUGGGAAUUCUAGGCUGCAGCUAUAUCCAAAUUUAGGCCCUCUGGUUCCCAAUACUACCUGUCCCUGUCCCCCAUUACAUGGGAAGGAAGUCCCCUUGAUCCCUGCGGGACCAUGUUGCUGACUUUAUCACAAAAUGCUAAAUCUGCUGAGUUAGGAGCAAUCACUCAGACAGCAUCCUGUGGUUUUACCCUUCCACUGAAUGCCCAGGACUUGGUAGAGCUUUAUUCUGGGAUACAGUGCCACAGGGUGGCGGCAGAAAACAAAGACAUGCCUAAAAUCCUUGGAGAGUGAGAUUAAUUUGGCCCGUGAAUGCGCCAAACUGCGUUGGUAAUCACCAGAGGCGAUUCCUCGUGUGUACACGAUUUUGGGGGCAGGGGCCUUGGCUGUCUUCCAGCUGAAUCCCAGCAGCAAAUUGCUGAUUGCUUCAGCCUGCGAAUGAUGCAUGCCACCCCCACAUGGAGGAGUCUGGGCUGCAGGCCACUUUAACAGCUGUCACCAGCCCUGGCACUAAAAUUGCUAAUUCUGUGACCAGGGAGCCGUUGCUGUGGCAAGCAAAUUCCUGACGCUACCAGGAUUUCCUAAGCUAGCAACAAGGACAAACCUAUUUUUUUUUUGCCAGGAGUUCCUGGGGCUUUUGUGUCCUUGGCUUUGGCACCCUGAUGACCUCGAGGUGGGCACUCUCCUUCUUGGUAUUCUAGCGGAGAGGGAAACCUGCACCACAACAGGAGAAACGUGGGCCUGGUUUUGGGAAAACCCCUUCUGCCAACCCUCUUUUCCCUAAUGCUCAACACCUUUCAUUAGCUUGGGCAGCGCCCCCUGCUAGCAGCAACUGGGGUGUGCGCCAAGGGCAGAUUUGAUAAAGUCCUUUGUUUUUUAAUUUUCUUUUCUCCCUCAUUUUGUAUGUUUCCAUGAUUUUGGCACUGCCUUUCCCUGCCCUCCAAACUCCAGGAGGUACGUACCCCCAUAUCCCCUCGCUAGCUUUGCCGGGGCCAGGGGUGUGCUGCCAUGCUUCUUUAUUUUUCUGUUCUUUCGUUCUUUUAAAUUGCUGGUGAUUAUUACUAGUCUUAUCGCUGCUAUUGCCACCGUUGCUAACUGGCUGCACAGUCCAUGGGGAACUGGGGGACAGGUGGGAUGGUGAGUGGGAUUGGGGGGGGGUGACGGGAAGGCAGAGUUUCCAUGUCCUGUUUGGCCCAUUCCUCAAAAAAUUGCCCCAAAGAAGCUUCACAACAUGGCCAGGUCUGAGCCUGGCAGUAUCUCUCUCCCCAGCUUUGUCAGUACCCUGGAUUUUUAGGAGUCAGAAUCACACUGUAGGAUACAGCGGUGAAGAACCAGCCUUUUGUCUGCCCCAAAGAGGCAGGGGGCAGGGAGGUCACUAUGCCCCUCAAGAAGAGGCAGCUCCUCACGGCAUGGACGUUGCUGUCCAGUAGGGCGCCUUUGCUUGAAAAUGGCAGCGUGGCCACAUCUCUCUGGGAACUGACACUGUGAAUCUGGCCUGAGAAGGUGCAUAGCCACUGAGCCUGGCUUGCUAUUGCUGCUUAAGACUGGCUGCUUCCUGCUCCAGAAGGCCCAGCAGUGCAGCUACAGCGAGUGCACAGCUGCCAUCAUGAAACCAUCCAGGCAUUGGCGAUGCCUUAUUACCAGCCCUGCAGCAAGCAGCUGGCAAACCGCGGUUCCUUAUCCCAGCAGGCACAGCUGUUCAUGGUGGUGGGGUGUUCACGCAUGGCUGCGCUGGUGCUACCUGCACUUACUGUACUUGCCCCAUUAUAUUUCUGCAGGUCACAUGACAAACCCCACCCCCUGCCUCCCAACAUACCCGCAGAACUUUCUAUGCCCCACUGAAAGCUCUUCCCCUUGGGUUUCCCCCCCUUCCCAUUAAGCUGGAAAAGGGGAAAGCUAGUAUUAAGAGAAAUUCCUUUCAUGCAUUCCUUUCAUGGAGACAAUAUCUCAAUACAUUUCUGUUAAAGAUUUCUCAACCUCUCUUCAUUUAAAAUAAUUUCCAAACCAAGAGAUAAAGUUUAGAACUGCAAAAGCCUGGUUAUUAACGUAGGACAUUUGUCCUGAAGGGCCCUACGAAUUCGCAGGCAGCAGAAAAAAGGGGAGGCCUCUUGUAACAAGGACUAAUGAAGUAUUAAUUGUGCUAAGCUGAUGCAUGUUGGCAGCCGCAUGGCAUUGGAGUCCCAGUUGGUGGAGGCCCAGAGAGCUAGGGAGGCGCUGGCAGCAGUGAGCUGUUAAGAUCUUGAUUGGGUAACGCGUCAUGGUUCUUACCAGUCCAUUUAUAACACUGUAAAUCCUUUCCAAUCCUUAUCCCGCCUAACUCUGCAACAACCCUGUGGAGUAGGUCACUGCUUCCAUUUUUAAGGGUAGGGAGGAGGAGGUGGAGACGGCGCCUUGGCCACCCAAUGGUUCCAUGGCUGAUGAGUCUUUUGUGCCAUCCUCUGGAGAACAUCGACUCCCGCCAUCAUAAACAAAGGGAGAAUGUUAAUUUGUUUAAUGUGAUAGAAUCACAGACUCGUAGACUUGGAAGGGAUCGCUAGGGUCAUCCAGUCUAACCCCCUGCAAUGCAGGAAUGUUUUGCUCAAUGUGCGGUUCAGACCCACUACUCUGAGAUUAAGAGUCUCUUCCUCUAUCCCAGAUGAUUUAGCCUAAAUUGUGGUUAGCUUUUUAAAGAGUUUCUUGGCAACUAGAAUAACUUAAAACAAAGAAUCAGCAGAAAUUCUUGUGGCUUCUUUCUCUAGAAGUCUCCAGACCGCUAAAAUAUAUAUCCAAAGUAUAUAUUGUAUAUUCCUGGCUUCUAAAUUUAAUACCAUGUCGUGGCGGAGGAGGAAAAGCUGCAUAACGAAUGGGCAGGGUCUAUUCCCUCAGCUUCUUAAAACUGACAGCAAUUUGGAAAACCUCUCAAACAACGUUGCUUCAUGAACAUUUGGUAGCCGGCUUAAAAGAUUUCAAAACUUUGUGGACUUGGCUUAUAGCAGAUGGGACACACUCAUUGAACAGCAACCAUGGCUAGAAACCACUGGUUAAUAUCCUGGUCUCAUGAGCUUAUUUAUACUCGUCCUGAGGGAAAAAUACUUUUGGUAAUUCUAGCUGGUUAUCUCUUAUUAGCAGCUUCGCUUGGGGGCUCCUUAACAGGGUGCGUGGGGUAAUGACACCACCCGCCCCCCGUUUUGUUCACAAGGCUGUUGUACCUCAGAAGCUGUUCUAGCAUGAAAACAACUUUGUGAGUGAAAUUCCAACUUGGGUUUUUGCCUCAGACCCUUAAUACAACCUGUUUGGAACUUGCACACACUAAAAAGCAUCUUUUGUCUGGUGCUCCCUAGAGAUGUUUCACUGUGUACUCUUCCGAUAGGACGGUAGCAACCCUUCCUAACACCAGGUCAAACCAUUGGUCCAUACAGUCCAGUAUUGUUUACUCUAAAGGUGGGGAAUUUCCAGCACAUGAGCUAAUCUCGGCCCACAAGGCCUUUCCCCACAAAUCCUGGUCAGCUGAAGAGUGGAGUCUAAAUCUUUCUGCUGGGAACAGGUGUGUAUAGUCAAGGCAAGCAGAAAGUAGUGUUUUGCAAGCAAAGGCAGAGUGCUGGUGAAGUCCCCCUCCACUGGCUUUCCUUGCAAAACACACCUUUCUUUCUAGUGAGUGGAUCCUCCUUUCAAGGAAGGGGAGUGGAAGCUGCUUCCAUUUGCACUUUUCAGCCUUAAGACUGUGCUAAAGCACUUGCCUCUGAAAGUCUCCCCAUCUUCUUAUUGUAAACCCCCAACAUAGGGUUUGAAGGGGAGUGACAUGAAAGCUUGCAAAGCAAUGCCUGUCUGCCAUGUGACAUUGUGUGAUGGGUGGAUCAGUAGCCCGGUCCACCUGUCAGACUUGUCCCAUGAGGCCAAUCUCAUGGGCCUCUGUUUCCUCACCCUGGUCUACUCUUGACCGGCAGCAGUUCUCCAGUGUUUGGGGCUGAGAAGGGCCUUAAGAUUCCUGGCAUUCCUCGUAAAAGGCGUGUGCCCCACCACCAGAGAGUGAGGAUCCCUGCAGUGGCUCUUCUGAGAAGGUUGGCAGUGGGCCACCCCAUGAUGCCAGGGGCUCCCAACAGGUGGGGUUUUCUGUGUUCCCUGGGGACUGUGGCAGGCACUAUCUGGAGCAGUUGGCUUGUUUUGUCUUUUUUUCCCCUUUUCUUUCCCUUCUUGUGUUGCUGAAUGAGGUCUCAUUGUUGUAUGUGCUGGUCUGUGGCUGUCAGGGCCUCCUUAGGAGGGGUCUCUAGUGUUCUGCACCUUUUAAAUCUUGUUGACUCAUCUCCACCACCAUGGGCUUGAGAGAGCAGCCAAUGCUGACAGAAAAUACCCAAAGUUGUUGCCCUCUCCACCACUGAGAUCUUUCCAUCUUUGCCUCCCUGUCCUGCAUUCCCCACCUCUCUUGGACGUGCUGUUGUUUGCAGCCUCUGACUGGGGAGGCCAAGCAAGGAGGGCCUGCAGCUACAGCAUUCUGUCGUUUUCACAAGUGAGGUGCAAGGUGGCUUUUGCUGGAGGUGGUCCUGGGGGUCUCUUGGUGUUCAAAACGACCCCCGCUGUAUUGACUGGUGGUCGCAAGGUCUCUGACCCUGUACUUGGGAUCUGAGCUGUCUGGUAUGGAUUCUUUUUAUUAUCAUUAUUUUGGUGAUGGCUUGUGCAAAAACUUUUCCCAAGACCCUGGAUUUGGAUCCUGGACACUUGAGCUUCAGUGUCAAUUUGGGAAGGGCCACUGGAGUCUCCUGUGUUUACUGAUGGGAUGGUGGGUGGGGGCAUCUUUCUGAAUGGGUUCCAGUUCUAAGCCAAUCCCCCUCCCUCCCUCUCACCUCACCCUGACUAAAAGUCACCAGAGCGGGAUUCCAUUGAACUUUUAUUCUGAGAUGGGCUUAUACAGAAAAGACUUUCAGGUCAUGUUUGUAUUUCAGGCCCCGCCCCACACCCCGCCUUUUGGGUGGAGCUCUGGAGGCCCAACUUAAAAGCCACACUGGGGCAGGAAAGGGAAUAGCUGAUUCCUGUAGUUUCAAUACUCAUCCCUUUUUAAUCCUGAAGCUGUUGUUAAGCUCUGCUUCUUGCCUGGAACUGUAUGUACCCGGGCAGGCAAGUCUCAGGGACAAGAACCCAUAGCUGAGAAAGACUGUGUAGCCAUGGGUUGUCUGUUGGUGUGUCUUUCUUUUUAAAUUAGUUGGAGCUGGCUAUGAGGCAGGAUGCCUGGGUAGCCUCAGGGCAAACAGAAUCCCAUGGAGCUCAGACUCUGACUAAGCUAUGAGCUUUGUCCAUAAAGAGCCUAAGUAGGUAGAUCCCAACACUAGCAGGACACUGAUGCCUCUUCCUUCCUCAGCAUGUCGGCAGAUCCAUGUCUGCUCCAUAGUAUACGCAGCAGGGCACUUCUCUUGAUGACCACCACCUCUGCCUUCCGCCUGCCCCCUUCAGCUGCUAUGCUCGCCAUGUAGCCACUGGCUGCUGCUGCUGUGGUGUGUGGCUGGCUCUGCUUGCACUGCUGACGCCACUUGCUCUCUUACACCGCCUACUUGUGCCUGUAGGCUCUUAGCUCUGCCUUUGCCUUAGCUGCUCUUGUGCCCAGCACCCUCCUUUCGGCCUGGGCAUGCAUUGUCAAGCUUGCUUCUUCUCUGCGCAGGUGGCCGGGUGAAGACGUGGAAACGGCGCUGGUUCAUCUUGACGGACAACUGCCUUUACUACUUUGAGUACACCACGGUGAGUGGCACAGGGUGCUCUCGUAAGCGUCCACGGACAUGAUCUCAUGACGGGAUUGCUAAUGUGCAGUUUUGAAAGAUGGACUAUGGUAUGUAGUCUUAGGCUCGUGUAAGAGUCCAGGACAUGGGUUAUCUGGAGUCAACUGCAUAGCUGAGUUCUUACUGACUGGCGUGGGAAUGGUGUAGAGCAGGCUUCCUCAGCCUCGGCCUUCCAGAUGUUUUGAGACUACUAUUCCCAUCAUCCCUCACCACUGGUCCUGCUAGCUAGGGAUCAUGGGAGUUGUAGGCCAAAAGCAUCUGUAGGGCCAAGGUUGAGGAAGCCUGGUGUAGAGGUACUGCAGACUUGGCUUUAAUUAUUUCAUAUAGACACACAUACCACCUUUUCCCCCUGACAAGAAUUCAAGGUGGCUUACACAUUACAAUAAGAACAGCUAAAAACAUAGGAAGAAAAACUCUUAAUUAUUAAAAAGCAGUUAGUUAAACAAACCUUUAUAGUUUUAAAACUAUCUAAACUAACUAUAUAUUAUUAGAAAGGUGCAGAUAAUUAUGUUGAAAAAAGCAUGGCACCAGCCCUUUGAUUAAAAGCAAGUCAGUUGCCCAAAGCCUGUUGUAACAAGAAAGUCUUCAGCUGCUGGCGGAAGGACAGCAAGGAAGGAGCCAGUCAAACUAGGGAAGGAGUUCCAGAGUCCGAGAGCAGCCACCACAAGGUCCUAUCCCACAUCCCAAAGGUGCCUGUGAGGGUGGCAGGACUGAGAGAAGGGCCUCCCCCAAAGAUCUCAGAUCCUGGGCAGGUUUGUAUGAGGGAUUGUGGUCUUUCAGAUAGCUAGGACCUAAACUGUAUUGCGCUUUAUAGGUUAUAUAACCAGCACUCUGAAUUGUGCCUAGAAACAGACUGGUAGCCAGUAGAGCUGUUGUAACAAGGGGCUCUCUAUAACCAGCCCCAGUCUACAAUCUGGCUGCAGUUCUUCGAGUCAGAUGAAGUUUCUGGACACUUUUCAAAGGUAGCCCCAUGUAGAGUGUGUUAUAGUAAUCAAAACGGGAUUCAACUGAGGCAUGUGCCACUGUGGCCAAAUCAGACAUCUCAAGGGUAUAUAUUGGGUGCAGCGCAUUUUGUUGUGGACCCAUGAAAGUGAAUGCCCUAAUAAAACAGUUAAGUCGGUCAGAUGCCAUGGUUGUGUUUGCAACAGUAGGCUACUCCUUUCAAAUGAGCAUUAAGGAGGAAUCUGUCUGAGAGCAGUGUUCUUCCUGUUCAAUGUUGGGAUGGAAGAACCUGUAAUAUUUUGUCAGAAUGAACCAGCCUGGAUGUGUCUGAAUUAACAAAUUGUUGUCUUGCAGGACAAGGAGCCACGAGGCAUCAUUCCCUUGGAGAAUUUGAGUAUCCGUGAGGUUGAAGAUUCCAAGAAGCCUGUGAGUAAAUGCCAGUGCUGGAGAGUAGGAAGUGCUCUCCACUUCCUACCUGGGGGGAGCCUAGGCUGCGGAUACUGUGUGCAUGUAAAAAGAAAGAAAAGGAUGAUACCAAGAAAAACUGAAUUAUGCAAAUCAUUAACUAAGCUUGCCUACUUUUGUAGAGUCGAUUCUGAUUCUGCCAUGGGGGAAGAGGCAAAGCUAUGCAAGGACACCCAGCUGGCUACAGAAAAAUCCUGCGCAGGGAUAAGCCAGGCUUUUGAAACUUGACUCAUCUUUUCUGCCCUAAGAGCAAAAUGCUCGAUGUGUUUAAGUGGAUGUUGAUGUUUGCAAGGUGAUGUUAAACCUGCACACAGAGUACUAUUUUCUGUGCUUUUGCAGUGCAGGAUAUGCACUGUCUUUUGGAGGUCUCCAAGGUGUUAAAGGACCCUGCAGCAUCUGAGCUGUUAGUGACUACACUUGGAUAAUGCUAUCAGAGCUUAAAUAGCCAAGAUAGGAAAAAGCCCCAUUCCUGUUCACAGCUAGUUCGCUCCUUCCUCUGCUUUGUGAUCAAUCCAACCAAAAAGUCUUCACCCAUAGUUUCCUUGUUUGGAUGAAAUGGGGAAACUGUGGUUAAUCAGUGAUAUUUCUAGUUUGCUUUCUUGAGGAGCAAUGGGGCUGCAUGUGUGGGUAAAAGGCUUAUUCAUAAUUACGUCUUGCCAGUGAUUUUUAUCAAGUCGUUCUGGUGAUAACUGCAGUGGGCCAGGAAUGCUGGCUCGGCUAGUGGAAUUGUAGGCCCUUGGUGAGAGUUGCUUUCCCAGAGUGUUGUAUUGCUGCCAAGAAGUCAUACCAGAGAACUGGUUACUUGCUGUCGAAAAUCCUGUAAUUCCUGCUCUUGAAGGAUGUCUGGGAAAUCCCUGGAAUAUGCAGAAAUUUUGAGCUGGUGUUGGCCACAAAUCAAUUCUGUUUAUCCUUCUCUUCUUGCAGAACUGCUUUGAGCUGUAUAUCCCUGACAACAAAGACCAGGUGAUCAAGGCUUGCAAGACUGAGGCAGACGGGCGUGUGGUGGAAGGGAAUCACACUGUGUACCGCAUCUCUGCACCCACCCCAGAGGAGAAGGAAGAGUGGAUGAAAUGCAUCAAGUGAGGAGGGGCAGGAAUGAUGUGAAGGGAUCUGGGUAGUUUGCUUGAGCAAUGUGUCAUUCAUUCAUUCGUUCAUUCAUUCAUUUGCAUGUUGCUUUUCUGCACACACACAAAUGCCCAAAGUGGCUUACGACAAAGAAAAAAGGGUGCAUUUCAAACAAAUACUACAAAACAAUUUCAUAACAACAAACCCAAAAAACCCCACAUUUCAGCGCUAUAAAUAUAACAAAGAUUACUUAAAAAUGUAGCAUCCAAUAGCCAAAAUUAACAAGGGAGCUUCAGUUUCAGGCUUAGCCCUAGAAAUAUGCCUCCCAUGAAGUAGCUCACAGUCCCUCUCCUGCAGCAGCUUCUUAUAAGGCUUACAUGGGCAAAGGGUGGAGUAGCUGUAAACACCCCUCCUAUGAAAAGAAUUAUUUCUCAUUCCUCCAGAUUUCCUCACUGUGAGGGAGGUGGGGGCGCAAAUCUGUGGUUAGGUGGGCAUCUGGAAUUUUGGGGAGGAGAUGUAGCAUCUGAGAAUGGGGCCUCUCUAUAGCUCCCUGGUUGAGAUUUGCCAGUGGGUUGUGGGUUAUGAGGGGGAAAUAGGGCAGCCCUUAAUGAAGUACAGUCCCCUGAUCUUCCUGCUCCCUCUUCAAGCUAAAUCAUGCUUCCUUCCAGAAACAGUAGCUAAGGGGGUGGACUGAUCCUAUAAUUAUGUGCUGGGUGGCAUCUCCAAUCAGUUGGGGAUUUCCCUUAACACUUUGUGGGUUUUUUUACUCUCUCUCUCUCCCCCCCCCCCCCGCCUCCCACUUGUCUCUCUUCAGAGCUGCAAUUAGCCGGGAUCCAUUCUACGAGAUGCUUGCUGCACGCAAGAAGAAGGUCUCCUCCACCAAGAGACAUUAGCCACAUGGCUUUGUUGAGUAGCAGUGACAUUGGCAGCUGUUGCCUCUCCGUCUCCUGGCAGAGAGGAAGAGGAGCGAGACGACACAGACCCGCCUGCUCUGCAUUAUGACCCCAAGGGGGGACUAGCUUCAGCUUUUGCUAUUCUUUUCUGGUUUGGGGGCAGGAAGAGUUGCGGGGGUAGGCUAUGUUGAUGGCAACCACCAGCUCUCACUGACUUAUUUAAUUUGCAAGAAUGCCACCUCCCUGCCAGCCCCUCAGCUGGGCAGCUUGAAGCCAAACCGUGUCACUGGUAGCCCAAGUGGCAGGAAGAGAAGAAUUGUUGGGGUCUUUUCUGCUACCGUGGCUGACUUGCUCCUUGCCUGUGCCGAUGGUGAGGCAGACCUAUUCAAGCUGCCAGCGAGAAGUGUCGGCUGUACCAGGCUUUAGGCCUAAUACUCUCCGAGACCCUGAAUCAGGAAUGGACCACAAACUGCCAAAGGCAUAGAUCAGUCUGCAGCAGAGGUUGGGGGCAUGGCUCUCUAGCACUGAAGCAGAGAGAUCCCUGUGGCCCUCUGCAUCGCCAUGUUGCUCCCUGUUCUUUGGUCAGGUAAGCCCAACGGCUUCUUUCCCCCAAAGCAAUUGAGCUGUAUGCUCUUUCAUGUUUAAUUUCCGGGGUUCUCUGUCGCAAGGAGUUUUGUUAACCACGUUGAGUAAUAAGCAACCAAGAAUGUCAGUCCCAACAGCUGGCAUGAUGAAUGGCAAGGCUGCCACCUCCAGGAUUUCCCCUGCCCUCGUUCUAGAGGGCACUGACUUAGGCUGCCUCGUAUGUGAAGCCGGAAUGAGGCCAGCAGAGGGCUCACUCAAGCAACCUUGCCCAGAUGAGAAGGUGGUGCUCUUGUGAGCUAGCGGCAUGCAUGUGGUUGUGGGUGGGCAGGUAGUGUAACCCUCAUGGAUGCUUUACAGGGAGGCUUUUCACCCCUUUGCCAGUGGCUGCUGGGAACCAUCUCACCCAACAACUGGGCACAAAAAAUUUAUCCCUGCAGCCAGAGCUUCCUCCGUUUUUGUUUGUUUAACAUUGCAAUCGGGCGCAGACAGAGCUGAAGAAAAAAGACCUGCACCAUUCCCUGUACCCUGAAGAAAGAAGUUGAAACAGGCUGGCUCUGGAUUCUUUGACAUAGGCUAUCUUCUUACAGUUGCACUUUUCAGUAGAGGGAGUGGAUGGAUUGGGAUGAAGGCUGUCCUGGACCAGUGGGGGCACUUCUUGGCUCUGAAGCACAAGCAGAUGAUUGGUUGCUGGGGAACCAUUGGAAGCCCAGGGUGGGUGGGGUAUGAGAUGAUGGCUUAUGCCUGGAGCACUGAGCUGGGGUAGGCCGUAAGAAGACGGUUUCCCCCGACUGUUGAUUUCAUUAUGCGCCUUGGAAAAGCUCCAGUUUUCCCCAGCUCAGUAUUAAUCUAUUUAUCGGAGAUAUACAUACUCUCUGUGUAGAUUUUUCUCCUUUUAGAUUAUUUUGUAUUUGUUUUUAAAUAAGAGGAUUGUUUUCUGUGAAACAUAGCAGAAUUCUAAAAAAUUGCUGUGGCACAAGGGGGGGUGGGAAGCAAGGGGGUUGCGGGAGGAAGGUGGAAGUUACUCCUGGUCAAAAAGUUUGGUUACAGUUUUUUGUGUUGAAUCCUUUUCCACCCCAUUGUUGGGUUUUUGUUGCCACAACCUUGUGAACUAGCACAGAGCAACUGCAGCAAAUAAAUGUUGAUCUCACACUUGGCUCUAUGCCCUUC